AUGAGUGAUGGUUUAAUGGACAGAAGAAUUGGCUCGGUUCUUAGACCAUCAGCUAUUACUGAAACGUUUUUUGAAUUAAACACCCGGGUAAACACUCAGGCACGUCAUAAACGACUGAUAGAAAUAUGGCAUCCAACACCGUCCUUGAAUGGUGAUGGAUCAAUGAUUAGCCUGUGUGUUUGCUGACUGAUAGAUGACAUUGUUGGCUGUCUUUUGUUGUUGCAGUAACAGGAUAUGAAAGCAAACAUCCUGAUGUUGUGAAAGGUUGUAUAAUGUACCUAUUACACCAAUGCUUUCAUCACAAAAUUUACUGUAAAAUACAAGGACAGGUGUAUCCAUGAUGAUGUUAUUCAUGUCUAAAUACAAGAGUUGAAGGAGAAAUUAUUAAUCUGUAUAUUAAUGAUUUAUAAUAGACUGAGAUGGCUUUGCUUCCACAGCCUCACAUCUGUGAGGUUGUGUCAGCAAGCUGUUUUGCAAGAGCUUGAACUUACCUCAAUCUCCAUUACAAUAGAUUUUCAUAAUACACUUCCCUGUCAUAGUUCCCUAUUUAAGAUGCAGUUAUUUAGGAUGAAAAAACUAUUACAUGGGCCUUCUGAAUCCUGAUUCUAUGCUAGAUACUUCAGAAUGCAAUAUUCGUCCCACUUAAUCAGCCAACCACAAUAAAUCAGUCAAACUCUAAUGACAGAGUGCAUCUGCUGCCUGACAGGAGCAUUAUUAAUUUCUUAAACAGUGGCUAGAUCAUUAAAGAGUUUUUUUAGAGUCUUGACUGACAACCUUGUUCAAAUCAUUUAAAGCAUUGCCUACAUUUUGUUUGACCAUGCCCAGUGACCUAUUUCUGUUUUCAAAAUGAAGGGAUCAAUAACAACAAAUGAAAGAGAGCAACCCCUUUGCAGUGCUUUCAAUGCACCGUUGUAUCAUUGACAGUAUGAAACACUGGUUUAGUCUCAGUGACGCUUUCUUAAGUGGAGUUUGGAAGCCUAUCGACGGAGACACCAUGCUGUCUCAACUUGACUUUCUGUCCGUCCAACAACAGGCGGAGAGAUGUAGAUGAGGUGGCCUUUCGCCUCCUGCCUGUCUUUCAAACCAACUGUGCCCUUAGUCUUGCAAAAUUCACAACAUUAACAUCUUUUAAACUAGUGAGUUGGAAUUAAAAAAAACUUUUAUAGGGUGUGAGGAUAGGAAAAUGGGUGAUUCAGACUAAAAUUGUUUUUUGUACCCAGCCAUAAAUGUGUUCAUUUUUUCCGUCCUCUCCCUUUAACACCUUUGUUACUACCUCAGAGGAAGGAUCAGAAGUGGAAAACAUCAUCACCUCUCUGUCUUUCAUAACAGUUCAGUCAGUUUUGGAAAUGUCAAUGUCUGAAAGAUAUCUUGUGAAUCAAGUGAACAAGUUUGUUCACAUGGUAUUGUACUGUGGUAAAGUGAAAUCUGGCGUAAGAUUAGGUAACUAAACUUGGACAAGAAGUUAAGGCUGACCAUACUUAUGGUUAAAGAAGGGCAACAAUAAUUGUUAGUCUGACUGCUGGAUUUGCUACACACCCAUUCACCAUUGCAACAUCCAAAAGCUCACUUCUCUCCCAGUAAAAAAUAGCACACUGCUUAAAAUACAGCAUAAACAACCAAACUCUAAAACAUAAUCCAACCUUCAGUUUUCCUAUUGUGGGGUCCUCUAUACUGAUUUAACAUUAGAAACCUGUGGUUUAUUCAACUAGUGUUAUAAAAGACUUUUAUACUUGCAAGACAUUCAGAGUUAGACAGCUUUGCAACCUACAAAACCCAAAGAAAAGCUUUAUGAGCUUAUUUUUGUUUUUAAUUAGGCCAAUAAACAAAGUGGAUUAAAGAGCUAAAAGUUAUUCAUGCAUUCAAAAAGACUCAAGGCCAAAACUAGGGACACUGAAACCCGACAAUGUCAUAGUGUUGGUGAAAUGAACUUGAGAUUAUUAUUAUUUUUAAUACUUUAUUUACAGUUUUUAACUUUCAAAAACUGUUCAACACAUGCAAGAACAAAGAAACAGACUAAAUUUGGGAUUAUUGAUGAAUCAAUGCAAAGAAGAAUCUUUUGAAUGGGGGUCAAAAUCCUCAGUUGAUUUAUACAGAGUUUUGGUUACAAAUUCAGAACUUUGGCUUUUGUGUCCAAAAAGAUUUACACACAUUUAUAAACUCCUAAAGCAUUGUCUGUAACAUACAGCACCAGCCAUUGAGAUUCAGCUCAACUGUCAACUAAAACUGAUGAAUUUUCAAGGUUAAAUGCUGGCGAACAGCAGACCACAAGCCAUAUCUAUUAAUGCUGCAUAUGCAUCAAACUAUAACCACAUUGAAACUAUAAAGUGGAAAAAAUGACCAAAGUUUUUCAUUUUCAAGACUAAGAACAAGGCUAAAUGUGAAAAAGCAAAUAUUUCAAAUUGGGCAAAAGUGCACUUGGGUCAGGGUCUCUCAAAAUUAGCUAAUGUAUGUGACAGACUUGACUCCACCUGCAGAAAAUUAAAGCAUAGCCAGCAUGUCCGUAUCUAUGGCAGUUUCUCAUUGAAAAGGGAUGAGAUGACCGACAUCCACGGUGGCUUGUACACUUACCUAUGAUGUGUAACACCUACAACCCCAUUUAAAAAAUACUGAAAUAUCCCUUUAAGCAUUGCAUCAUUCAAAGUGUCGGAUACACUUUCAAACAAAUAAACUAUAAUAAAAUAAAUGAAUGAAACAAAACGAAUAAAAGAGGAAGAAUGAGGUCAAGAAACCUGUCCCAUUGAGACCUUAUCCCAACAUCUAUACAGUAUGAUCCUAAAUGUCCCCCAACACUAAAGCAUGAGGACAGUUUGGUGUAGAGGUACAACAAAAGUCUGCAUAUAACAAGAGUUUUAUAGUGGGUACUACCCUUCACUGCUGUCUCAUUGAUUUUGGCCCACAACACCUCAGGAAAGUUUAUACUUAGCUUGUUAUCCCCGAACUUGUAACCACCAUGCCACUACUGUUAAUCAAAGUGGCAACUGAACCUUGCUCAAAAUUAUGGACGUUAAAAAAAACAACAAAAAAUUACUGUCACUUUGCAUGACUUUGGGAGUACCAAAUAUGGGGGAGUGAAUAUGUAUUACAAACUUAGACGAGUUGAAGUUCACUUUUAAGGUCAACAAGACCAUGCCAUUACAAUAAAGGCAUUUUAUAUAAUCAAGAGAGUGCCUUGAAGUUUUUUUUCUCUUUUUGCAUCAAUUUCAUCAUGUGUAUUGUUCUGUAAGCAGUUUUAGAAGUUUAAAAGCUCUCUGGAAGCACAUGAACGCUUGAUGCCCAAAAUAGAGAUGAGCUGGGGUUAAUGUGUGACGGAUGCAUUACAGAGAAAUAAGCUCUUAUCACAGUUAUGGAGAGGAGUAUCACUACCAUGGACUGACAAGCUAAUUAGCAGAAGCAUUAGUGUGCUCUCAGUGAUGAAUAGUACUGUGCAAGGAAGGCAAAUAACCCCACCAAACAAUGUCAACUUAACAAGCAACGCAAGAGGAAGCUGACUACUUUCUCAUGCAUUCAUUAAGAGGGUUGAGAUUAUUGCAGGAUCAAAAUAGCACCUCAGCUUCACGGUAUGCAGACUUACUUGAUCUCUACAGAGUGAUUGUUAUUGACCUCAGGGCAUGCACAGUGUUUAUAAGAGAGUGUCCAUCAGAGGCUGGCAGAGUGGUUCAGACCGGGAUUUGAAAGUUCAAAGGAUGGUGCUGUUGUGAAAGAGUGCGUCAGCCCCAGUUAGUUAUAUAACACUACUCAUUAAUAAUGCAUCAUCAGGGGCUGCUUGACACAUAUUUCAGAAAAGACACGUCAGCAUCCAAACAAGAAACAAUCAGGCUCUUGACAGUGAUGUGUCUGAGAUGGAGGAGGAGGUUUAUUACAAGAAAUCUUUUCUAAAAACAUGACUCACGUUGUAAAGAUUACUUGUUAACGCACGUCUUUACUGACAAAUUUUCUUGUAGAUCAUCCUGUUGUUUGUUUUAGUUCAUCUGUCUUAUCUUCUGUUUUUUGAAAAAAUGAGGCUUACUUUGUCAUUUCUUUGUUUAUCAUAUUCUUUCAUUCUUUCUUUUGCAUCCUCAGUUUGUUAAAAUGCAGUUGACUGAUGCAAACAUGAAGUAUACAGAGUAUUUUAAACAGACAUUAUGAUCUCUACUGUAGGGAAGCAGAAGUGCUGCAGGACAGCAUUGUUAUAACCUAGCAACAGUAAAAACCAGUGAGAUUUGCCUGUUGCGGGUUCUGUCAGUGCAAAAAAACGUGUCAUUAGACUCGGCUCCUUGAACUGAUGCUCCAGUGUGUGAUUGGAAAUAUGGAUAGAUGUGCUUUAUUGAACCUGAGAUGCGAAACAACAGUACUGCAGAAGCAGGUUAUUGUUACACUAAAUCACUAAGGAAACAUAAAAACAUUGCUAUCUUUAUUUCUAUUAGCAAUGUUUUAAUAAUUGAUUCUGUUUUGUUCCUUGGUUUUUGUCCUCUUGCAACACAUCCUCUUUAAAGACAAAGUCAGUGUGUCUGAAAACUGUGUCACUUGGCUUACUUACAGUACAGUGUGUGAAUUCAUAAACUCCAACUGAAUCAUACUGUAGCUCAGUUUAUCUAUGUCUUUUACUGGGGUCUUUUACUCCCACUGCACCCCUCCCCCAAACUCACCAUCUGCCAACAGAACAGACAGACCCCUGACCAUCGGCUUACUGUGGGACAAAACCUGACCAGACUGACAAGCCUCCCACAACCCUCCAGGGCGGCCUGCUAGUUCACUUUCUGUGUGUUUGUGAUCAUUUCAGCAUACUUGUGAGGACCAACAACUUAUGAACAACUGUUUUGCAAAUGACUUUCCUGCUUUUCAAAAGUCUUCAGAAAUCAAAUUCUUGGAUGAGCUCUUGACUUAUGAAUGUUUAACUCUCUUCCUCCUGAUGGUUGGCUCAUAUCUUGCACUAUCACAGCAACUCUGGAGAUGGUCGUCCCCACGGAGAACUUACAGAAUGUUGUCGUUAUAAAGUAUUACAGACAUGCGUGUGUGUGUAUGAGUCUACAAGAACUGGGUAAAGACAGUAGACAGUAAAGUCUUUGCCUUUAAAGACUGGAGUUAAUUCAGUUAAUUUCGGGGAUUUAUUUUAAAGAGGACCACUGAGAGUUUGCGUUGACUUGAAGUUUCUUUCACAAGUCUGUUAGCCAUCAAAUACACAGUUAUAGUUCAAUUGCUUAAAAGAAAAACACUGAACAAGAAGAAACCUUCAGGCUGAAAAAAAAAAAGAAAAAAGAAAACAGAAGCGCCAAAAACUGCAGUUUCUCUUAUGGCCACUUGGGGCUGACUCAAAAAGUAAGUCAGUUCCCAUGGGGCCUAUGUUAAAAUGUCUGAUUUUACUGCAGAAUAAAAUGUGUUUCCAGUCUGGUACUAUUGUGAAUAUGGUUUCUGAAAUUAAUUUAACUAUUCCUAACAACUCAAUUUUGGUCUCUAAACUUUAUUCAUUCAGCUACCUUUGUGAUGUUGGUGCCUGAGGAAUAAUCCCAUUAUUAAAAAUGGUUAUCUUACGGAGGGUUCAAAACGUGUGUAAGACAUGUUGUUGUCAAUUCAAGGAACUGUGUUAGUUAAAUGUUAAGAAAUAGGUGAUGUUCAGUCAGUGGGUGGUUAUGCAGAUAUUCUGUCAUGCAUUUGCUAUAUAUCACUGUUUUCCACUUAUUGCUCAGCUGCAGAUUUUUUUUAAAGAAGUCCUAUUGCUUGCAAGUAUUUUAGCGGUAUAAGUACAAGCAAAACAACAGUUAAGUUUAAGUUAAAGGAAAGUGACUCAUCUAACCUAACUGGUUAAACUGGUCGUCUGUCAAAUCACUGCCAGCAGCUACAGUAAUGGUCCAAAGCAAUGCCCACCUGGGACUAACUCAGUCCUUUUGUCCAGCAAAUAAAUGAGAGAGGAAGUAGUGCAGAUUGAAUCUUUUUGUCUCCCCGCUCUGUCACAUAGAGGGCAAACACAUUUUGUCUUUGUACGUUAUGCAUGCCACUUCACCUUGUUAGGGCCCUGAAUAGUUGGGUAUCUAGGCCAAGAGCUCCUUCGCCCAUUUCUUGGCUUCCUUUGCUGGCAGGGGUUGAAAAGCUGUUGACUAAUCAGCACAGAUGCAGAGCUGCUAAUUGGGACAGAAAAGCCUCAGGGGCUCCAGAGGAAGGAACCACAACUUUAGACAUGCAACUCUGGUUGAACAGCUCAGACAGUGCACGGCCUCUCCUUGUUUCUUUUCAUUGUCUCUAUUUAGUUCAUGUUGAGUCAAGUAAAUAUUUGGGUUUUGCAUUUCACUGUGCAGAAAGAUGAUGAGAGUAUAACACAGCCAUUGAAAGUGAUUGACUGUAACUGAGGUUUCACUGAGAAGUGAAACCAACAGGAGAGAACAGCAUCUGUUUCUGUUUGUCCCUUUUGGUAAUAAAUACAAACCAUGAUUAGUCAGUCGCUGACUGGCCAUCACUUUGUGGUCCAGCCUGGAUAGAUAUAGAUGCACAGUCUCUCAAGAUGUGUUGUUCAGUGUAACCUGAACCGGUUAUGGGUGCUUACACACCUGCUGCUUUUUUGCUUUGUUUGGAUUCAGACGAUGCACUUGGUUGCAAUAUUUUUCACGAGUCAUUGACCAUUUUGUCAAAAAAUGGAAACCACUCUCAAAAAUACAGAUGUAAAACUAACUUGUGAGUAAGCGCUUUUACAAGGGGGACUUCCACCUUAUUGCUGAACAGUGAUGCAUGAAAGCUGAGGAAUUCUGACAGAAGUAUGUAGGUUGUUGAACCAGUUGAUGUUGUCAAGUACUGAACUGCUGCUAUGCCUACUGCAGCUAUUUUACUCAUGUUUAAUAUCAUAGAAAUGGUGAGUACGUUGACUGUAAGCUUAAGUAAGCUUUUUUUACAGUUCCGCUUGUUAGCAGUUGUUAGGUUGAUACUUACUGCAAACAAGCUGCUCCACAAGUCAAGACCACUUGAUGAUGGUCUCAGCUUGCUUGUAUUGUUCCCCAUCAGAGUACGACUGCAGUGUUCACAGAUGUCCAAACAGCUCAGGCUGGCAAACAAAACUUCUUUAUCUGACUAUUUCUUUACAUAAAAAACAAACAAACAAAAAAACCUAUUCCUGCUCUUUCCACUGUCCUGUCCUCCCUGAACAAAGGCAUAAAAACCCCAACAUGUAACGUAACCUGUUGUGGUGCAGUGAAGUAGGGGUGUGCGAACAGAGACUCAAACUCAGAGUUUUGGCUGUUUAAGUUGUUUCAGAGCUGGAAGCAAAAACAUGUCAUGAUGUCUUUAUAAAGACCUGAAACUGAAAAUUGAGACGAUAACAUCGUGUGUUUUUAAGUAUGGUUUCAGAUAACUGAAUUUCCUCUUGUUAGCUCUUAAGUCUCCCCUCCACAAGCCAACAGAAAGAAACUCAUGCUACAGGCACUUCUACGUUGACUUCAUAUUUGAAACUGAAGCUCAGAUCAGCUUCUUCAAUCUUUGGUUAAGGCGGCAGUUUCUCUGUAUUUCUAUUGUUUCACAAGCCAAAGAUUCACAGAAGGUUCAUCAGUUUUUGGAAGUCCCAGCUAGAGACUUCUUUAAGGCAGCUGAGGUAAUUAUUUUGGAUUCCCUCAGUAGUCAUAACUUCUCUUGGGACAGCUGGUUGGACAGUGUCUUGACUGUUGUCUCACUCUGAGCUAAUGUUGUCUGGGCGAGCUGGCUUCAUUAUUCUCAGAUUUAAGAUUGUGCUGCAGCUCAGGAUCAGCGCGGUCUGUUCAGUGUUCUGCCAGGCAGACAUGUGGAGACAGGUGAUAGCACUGAUAACAGAUGAAUCUUAGGAUCAAAGGCUUUGUCCAUGUUGAGGACUCUACCUCUGUUCAGCCUCUGUUCUGUACUUCCUGACAACUUUAUUGGCUCUUCAAACUACACAUGGAGGAAAGUAAGUUAAGAACAUUUUAUUCUGCACAAUUUUGAGGCCCUGGUCCAAAGUGAAAAGGAACUUAUAGACCUGGAAAAGUUUUGACCUGUAUCUCCACUGUUAACCAUCUCCUCUCACAACUCUUCUCAUAAGUCCUUGUUGCGUGUUCUGUGUUAUGUACACAUAUAUGCAUUUGGUUAGCCCAAGUAAUGUAGUCAGGAGAACUUAAUAUCUUCGCUCUCAGACAAGAGCCCAAAAUGUUGAUGUUUUCUUCACGAUUUUUUACAUCAUGGUGUUAUACAGUAGAAUGUUUGACCCCGCAAUUGCUUAUUUCAAGAUGUUUAAUUUACCUCUGCAUGUUUCCUGUCACAAUAGCUUGGUUGUCUCCUGAAGUUUUAUCCUCUAAUAUUGUGUUUUGUGUCUUUGGCUGUUUCCUUAUGGUGGGUUAUGUUAUGUUGUGGUCCACUGCACGGUAGUGUCUUAUUACUGUACAUCUCAUUACUUUGUGUCCUGUCAUAUUGUUACUCACUGUGCUGUGUUGAACUCUAUUAUGGAAUGUAUGUUGUGUUAGGUUAAAUUGUCUUAAGUCAGUGUUUAUGUUGCAGUGUAUUGUGUUGAACUAAUUUACAUUAUGUUUUUUAUGUCUGCAAACCACAGAUAUCUGUGUGCUCAAAAGACAACUUUGAUAUUCAUUCUGACGCAGAACUCAAAACUUUCAUGAAGUCCUGUUUGCUUGACCUUUAACCUCUUCCCAUCUCUUCACUUUCAUGUCCUUCAGCUUUAUAUUAUGUCAUCUGCCUCUGUAAUGAUUUUCCUUCCACCAAAAGAAAAAACCUGACAGGCUUAUUUGAACAGUUCCCAUGGUAACUGCAUUUAUAUUUCAAGUUUUAGUCUUGUACAAUGUUUAUUCCUUUCUUUUAGAAAUAUUUUGUCAAUGUGUAACUGCAUUAUUCCAGCAUGACCUUAGCUCAAGCUGGGUAGAAAAUUCUUUAAUAAGAUGGAUAAGUUUCCUGUUCUGCUCCAUUGUACAGUCCUCAUACCGUACAUUUGGCUUUGGUAUACCUUCAGAUUACAAGGCUGCUGCUGUGAAGUUCUAUAUGUGAAGUCUUACCUCAACCCCUUGACCUUUGCACCUCCCGGGAUCUCCCAGGAGAUGGGCAUUGUUGGCAACAUAUUUCCUCCUUUUUUGUCAUGACUCUCAUCCGCUCUCACACCCCUGUAUACUCCUGGGUAAAAAGUCCUCAGGGAAGGCAUUGUGGAAGGGUUUUUUUCUGUCGUCAUCUAUAGACCUUUAAUUCAUCAUGAGGUAUCCCUCCUUAAAUGAGGGAAACGUCAAAUUCAAGAGCAGAAACUCACAUGACAAAGGUCUGAGGUCAGCACUUAUUUCCUGUCUAUGUAUUGUUUCUGUUUUGCUGUUAAUGAGCCUCAUGGGAAACAUGAAUGUUCACAAAAUGUUUUCUUUUGUUGUAAUCAACACAAUAUGAUACUGACUUUCUUAUUUAGUGGCUCAAAUGUGUCAACUGUUCAUGAGCUCUCAAGACAUUUGAUCAGGAUGAAUCAAUAUAUGUUUAAAUAUUAAAGUUAAUAUCCAAUAUCCAGUCAUAUGAUAUGGAGGAGGCUCCUAUGUGACCACAGCUGCACAACCCUGUGUUUUUAUUGGCUUCAGUCUAUGUCUUAGUGUUUUAUAUUGUUGUAAAGAUCUGUUUUGCGAGAUGCAUCCAAGACAGAAAAAAUGUAACGUCUGCACUUUCAAAUGUACUGUACAAUAAUGUAUUGGCCUAAGUAUACUGAAAAUUAAAAUAGUGAUUGUGGUAAACUAUUGAUGAGGAACCUCAAUGUAAAGCAGCUAUAACUAUUGAUGAUAACAUAAAAAGUACACUUAAUGAAAAUAAAUCAAUGUGUUCACUGAAAUACAAAGAUGAUCGAUGCACAUAUUUUAUGCUGAUCCACAAAGCAUAAAAAACAUGAUUGGAUAUAUCUUAACAAAUUAUUGAUGAAAAUGCCAAAUUUUGCAAAUCCAGAAGAAUGGACAACUGCUGUCUUUAGGUAACUCAAAGUUGUUGUGGAAAAGUAACUUUAAAGGAAAAGCAUAAACUCUGUUUAGCAUUUCUUACAGUUUGUUUAAAAUACAAGCCUUAAAACCCUCCGUAUUGUUCAAAUGCCUCUGUUUUCACUCUGUUUCCUCUGUGUGUGCUCGUAUCAGUUAUCAGCACUUUUGAACUCUGCAGGAGAUGCUGAGUGCUUGUCUCUGCUGACCGUUCACUGUGACUGAAACCAGAGCGGCCACCAUAAUGGCAUCAUUGAUCACUGGCAAUCCCCCCCCAAAGCUUUCACUACCAUGAGAAGUAUUUCAGCAGCAGAAAAAAAGCAGUCUUUAUCUUGGUGAGAAGCUUGAUCUGCACUGGAUUUACCCCCCGGGCCUGAUGUGCAUUUAGUCCUGUUCAUGACUGAGUUUUCUCUCAGACCUUCAGGGAAAAGAAAAUGUGUAUUUUUCUGCCUAAGGGCAUUCGCCUUGUUUUUAAAAACCAGUGUAAAUGCUUCUUCACUUUCAUGAAGAGCUGUUAUUUUUCACUGGAUAAUUUAAUCAUUUGGCUGUCAUUUUUUUCAAGGUCCCAAAUUUGCUUUUACAAGGGAAACUAAUCACAUAUAGAAUAAGAGUAACAGAAGCACAUUGGAUAACAUCUUUUAAAGGCAACCCAUGUUUCAUUCAUUCCAUAACAUUUCUUCAGACUAUGUCAGGAGAACAGAUUUUAUUAAUGUUCUAUUUGUAGAACUUAGCAAUUGAAUAAAAACAUUUUGAUCAGAAGAUGUGAGACUAGUUUUUUCAGGCAUUUUUCUAGAUUUGCUUCCACCCUCAUCCUCAGUACAGCAUCUUCUCAUCAAACUGACACAUAAUUACACUCAUGAAUUAAUAAAGUAGCUACUCCUGGUUCGAGUAUUUACCAAUUAUGCCUUCAAAAUUGAAAUAACCUGUAAAUUAUUGAUUGUUUGGCAACCCACCUCAAUCACAAACUAAUAUUUAGCCUUUACAGGGAUUUUCCUCAGCUCUCAGCAGUAUGACAGCAUCUGUGUUUUAGUAACAAACUCAUAUCUUCCUUGAUUUACAGCAGCCACUUUGAAAUCUGAUUAUUAUGAUUAGAUUAUCUGUUGGCCUUUUUAAGAUGGUCUGCAGCACCAUGUGCCAUUUAAGUUGCAGUUGUUAAGUGUCUCUGCUGCUUUCAUGACCAUUGUCUCAGAAUAAGGGGUGCUGCAGGUCUAGCUGUCUAAGUACAUGGUCCAUAUGCAAAGAUUAUUCCUCAGGCCUAUAGCCCAGGUUCAACUAGCCUGUGGCUCCUUGCCCACUUGUCACUCCCUGCUUUUUUUCCCCAAUUCUUGCUCGGUCCUUGGAUGUAUCCUGUAUAUAAAGGCGUGAAAAAAGCUAAAAGAAAAAAAUAUAAAAAGAUAUAUCUUAAAAUUAGCAUCCCAACUUGGCCCUGGUCGAUGAAUAACUUAGCAUUAAGCGCCAUUAUUGGUCUGGUUGAUCACUGUGUCUCUCCAUCUUUUGUCCUUCUGCUUCUGUAGUUGUGAGUGACAGCUGGCCUCAGUCAUUAAAGUUACACAUGCUUUAUAAAUAACUUGUACCAGCUACUGUUGUAAAUUAAUUUUUCCAUUUAAAAAUCUAGAUCAUAAAUAUAAGAUCACUGUGCUUUUACAAUUGUACUUCAAGGAAAAAACCUACUUCAGAUUAAUAGGAGUACUUGUUGGCCUACUUUGAACAUUUUUAGUUGUGAUUACACUCCACAACAUGAAAUUGCUCCUUGAAGAUCUGAUUCUAUCAUUGCCAUGUACAAAUUAAAUUUACACUCUUUAAAUCUGAGCACUCUGGGCCUUUUAGAAAGGUUUAUUAAUAGGCUUAAUUAAUAUUUCAUAAAACGUUAUACAUAAAAGGAAAAGGUAAUGGGUAUUAUUUUAAAACCAGCAUAAUACCCUGGAAAAAAAGCCAACACUACAGUGACAGAAACUAUUUUGAGGCUGUAUGAUGAAAUACCAAGAAGCAAACAAGAGCACAGUUGCCUCCUUCAAAUAAAAACUGAGACAAAUGCAGUUGCAGCAGCAUAAGUUAGUAUUUUAAGCAUUAUUCAUUAAAGAUGUUUCAAAAUCGAUUCAUUGCAGCUUGAUUUAUUAGCUUUAAUUGAUCUUUGCUUUCUCGCUCAACCUGGUAUUGAAGUAGACAUUAAUGUACUGUGCGUUUAAAUCUAAAAUAGUCCCGCCCUCCACUGUAUGGACCAAUCAGCGGCUCCGACACACAACCCCUCUCUGAAUUCGCCACCAAUCAGAGUGUGUCUUUUACCACCAGUAGUGCGGUGCAGUUACUUUAGCAGUCUGGUGAAAUUCAUCUUCAGUCGAGCAGGGCAGUAAGGCUGUUCAUAGUGCGGGUGUAGCGGUGUAUGUGAACAGAAAAUGCCCGGAAAGUGACACCAUAGGCCGGCAGCACUGUCCGGAUAUUAACGCUGGAUUCUGUGGAGAUAUCCUGACCGACAAACCAUAGUCUCCUGCGACGUAUCCGCAGCAUUAGGUAGGUUUUUGGCGUCGUAACGUCCCCCUCUUCUUUCCUUAAGCCCAGGAGCUACGACAAUUAAACGCACACUUUAAAAAGGGGGUUUUGACUUACAGAAAUGCGCCGUCUUAUUAGCUUUUACGAGGCUAUCAUUCUUGUUUUAAUGUGUGUUACAUAAUUGCUAGUGUGUUGUCAGUACUGGAAAAUCGUACCCAAUCAACAUAAAUACGAUACAGAUUAAUAAAAUUAGCCGGAGGUGCAUGUUGACAGACAGCGCUGUUACGUGCCUCGCCGAACUGCACACAAAUCUGUCAUGAUUUUGGACAAAUGUUUUCAGGUUACACGCAUUGAACACUGACGCAGAUACUUUCAACAGCAGACAAUUUUUCCCAGCUAUUCGGCUGGCUUUUUAAUCAUAUAAAACUUGGGACACGUCCUCAAUCACUCUGCUUCUGUAACCGCAUGUCUACAGCCCUUUUCUAACCAAAACAGACCCUGCUGGGUGCGCAGGGGCGGAUCCUGACUUUUUUGACUGGGGUGGCCAGAUUAGGGCUUUGACUCAUGCAGGGGGUGGCAUGGAGUAUGUGGACACUCAACCAAAUAAGUAAUAUUUUUUAUCCGUGAGUCUCUGUUGAUCAUACUUUGACCACUAUACAUCAAAGAAAUGUUAAAUUCCUGUAUAGAGUUUUUCGAAUGUAAAAAGUUACAUGACAGAAUGGCAACAGAAAAAUCUACAAAGCUCAAAUCUUGCUGGACUUAAAAUAAGAUUCUUGUCCAAAGCCAUUAAAGUUAGUCGGAAACUUGCAAAUAGUCUACAUGCUGUCUAAACAGCAGUAAAUAAAUUUAUUGGUUCAGUUUCGGAGACAUUGUGCAGGAAUGUGCACAGAUAUGUUGAUGAAGAAAUUUCUCUCCAUCGAGGCCAAGACUCUUAACAUUCCCUUGUGAGUGUCACAAUAGAGACUGUAACCAGAACCAGAGCAGAACAACAGGUUUAUGUGUGGGAUAACUUUAGUGGUUAAAUGCCAGCCAAAAAACAUAAAGGUGGUAAUGUUUAAUAAGCUCUACUUUGGCUUUCUGUAGAUUAUAACAUCAUUUAAUUGCAAAUUAUAAAUAAAUUUGUGGUGGUAUACAAAGCAGCCUUCUAGUAAAUUUUAUUUGAUGUGGCUUUUUACUUAGCAUGUGUUUGAUGCCUUUUAAAUACUGCUUUUGUAUCCUGUGUUACACUGGAGAGAUGUGGCCUCUGAUGUCUGCAAAAAUUGAUUAUUCAUGUUGAACUGGACAAACAGUACUGUGUUUGUUACUGCUGUAACCAGGCAUUACUUUGUUGUCUUUUAAUCAGUACAUUAUUAACUGGAAUAAUAAAAAAAAAUCCACCAGCCCACUUUCCCAGAGCUCAAGGUAAUUUUUUUAUAUGGCUUUAUUUUAUCAGUCUGAAACCCAAACAUGAUCGGUUUAAUUUGGAUUGAAACCAAAAGAAGCAGGAAACAGAAUAUCUGAUGCAUUAAAAACAGCAUUUUCUGCCCUUUUGCAUGCAUGUCAUUUAUAAUAUUAGUACAUUAACAUCAGUAUCUAUCAGCAUAGAAGGCCUCUGUUCUCAUGCGUUCCAGUAAAUUAAUCCAGCUGUACUUGUUUUCCUCUUAAAUCUGACCAAGUUGUUGUUUUUUGACCAGAACAGAUUUUAGACAAACUUCACAGAUUACCAAGAUGACAACAAACUUUAAGUCUGUAAUGAAAAGUCCUUGUCUAAUGUGGAUGCAGUAUCACUUUUGCAACAAAAUAGGGACACUAAGAAACCAGGAAAGUUGCUUUUUUGUCAUUUAAAAGAUAGUAAUCGAUAUUGGCAACUUGUCCUCUUGCUGUGCAUCUUGCUCUCUAAUGCAAAGAUUUCUAAUGUACAGCAAACUGUGUAGGGAGUAUCAGAAAACUAUGAAGAUGGACUUCAUUUUUCCUAAACUUCCUGGGGUCAUUUUUUGCAUUUAUUAGGUGAAAUAGCUGAAAAGAAACAAGUACAAAGUAGUGGAUAAUGUGACACAGGCCAGGAGUGGGUCCAUUUGCUGCAACAAGGACUAAAGUCUCUGUAUAUGGGGCAUGUCAUUUGACCCCUGUGCUAAACAGGAGAUACUGAUUAUAAAUCAUAUGUAGCAUUUUUUUCUGCUAUAUUUUCUUUGUAAAUAAGCAGUCACCAGAGAAAAAAAGAACAUUAUUAUCAAAGUGUAUUCAACAUUAUGAAACUGCUGCAUUGUUGUGCAACUUGCACAUAGCUGUAAUACCUUGUUACAGUUGCAGCAGAAGGAAAAAUCAUGCAGGCGCCUUUCCCAAAUGUAACCGAAAAAAGGCUCCAAACAGGGACACACAUAACUAAAUCUGAUAAUAUUCAACAUUGUCAAUCAAUUGCUGAAAGUUUGAAAUGUGCAGCAGAUAGCGCUUGGAAUAUCAGAAACUGAAAGGACAUCAUUUUCAACUAACCCACAUUUUUCUCUGCAAGUUGUCAUAAAAACAAACAAACAAACAUAACGUUAUUUUAGAGGUUUAUUUUCAUUUUCAUUCUUGUGCAUUGCUGGGAUAUUCUAUUUGAUGCACUUUACAGUUCUGACAGCAUGAGUAACUCUGAGAAGACACUAAUUCUAUGCAACCCAAAGACAAAGAAGCUCCAAGAUGCAGAAAAACACAACUUCAUCAAAACAUCUUUAAUGCUCUUGGCCGGUUUCAUAGCUUUUCAACUGGUGUGAAACACUGAUGCUUUGCAUGUGCAGUAGACAGAGUCAAAAGUACCUGCAAACUGUUCAGACACCAUUUCUCUGUCACCCAGUCAUUAUUGUCUUUUGCUCAAUAAGUGCUCUAUGCAGCAGACAGUGCUAAAAGUAUGAGAAAACUCUGGAGAAACAAUUUGAAAACCACCACAAGUAAUUUAUGUGCUUUAUUUUUGUAUUAGGGAGCACACCCAUUGAAGUCCUUUGUGAUAGGCCCAUGCACGCCCGAUAAUAUCAUCCCUCUGUCAGAGUGUACUGAAUUGAACAUUUCUGCUCUUUUGUACAGAAAAUUCACCCAUAAUCCAAAACCCGAAUAAUCCGUAUAUUUGCCAACAACAGCUUAAUUUAAUGACUUUUCACUUCUUGUUGUUUCCCAUGUUAUAGCCCAGGCUUGUGGGUAAAAAGAUCAUUGGCAGCUUCCCGUUUUCUCUGCAAUGCUUAUUGAGGAUACCACAACAGAGAAAAGAAAUAAAGGAAAUACUUGCCUGUCAGAGUUUUGUUCAGUGGAUUUAGAAACUAGAAAUUGUAGCCCGCAGGCUAACAAUGAUGAAUGUUCAUGAAGAUAUACUGUAGCAGCCUCAGAGAGCUAAGAAAGAAAAACAAUUUGCAUUGGCCUUCAAGGGGCACAGACUACCAGUGUCUGGGUUGCAGGGAGCACAUCUGCUGUGUGCAGGUGGUCUGAGGGGAAAAAAGACUAGAGUCCAGUUGAGUUUUUCCUCGGUGCUGGCUGCUCUCUGUGGGUCAGCCUCCACAGCUGCAGAGCGGGAUCAGUUGGACUCCAGCUCACUUAUACCCUCAUUUCCUCGUCUGAAAGGGACACCCACUGCUGCAUCACAAUUAUUACAUUCAGUGAAGCAGCUGUCUGAUCACUGAGCCCUGAAAGCUGCAGAGAAGGCCCACGUCUAUUACAAUUCUCCAAAAUAAAAGCUGGCUGCUCAAGGGCGUGAGAGCACGUAUUCAUUCAGCCGACCAGAAUAGUUGUGCUCAAGGCCAGAGAUGUCAGUCGCUGUCCUUAGUUUGGCCUCAGUAACAAACUCUUGAUUGAUGGCUCACUGUUUGUUUGCUGUUAGUGACUGAAGAUAGAGAGUAAUUCUCUAAUGCAAUUUGCAGCUAACACAACACAACGUUAUUGAAGUUUUUCCAGCCUUUCUUUGGGUUUGCCAUCAAAAAAAACAUUGUAGAAUUGCUCCAGUGGAUUGCGUCAGUUUGUAAAGAGAGAGAUUGCAAUGGCUGCAACAUUAUCCACGGGGACGAAUACAGCUGAUCAAGGAACCAUUUCUGCUGAAGUUAUUGUUUUUGUCUGACAGUGUCAUAUUUUUAUUCUGUUAUUGCCUCGAGACAAUCCUUAAAGAGAGAAAUAUUGUCAUGGCCAAAGUCCUUUUUCUAAACAAGAAACAGCUGUUACAUUACUCGCUUAAAAACCACCAGACAAUAAUUAUUUUUCCUUACCAAACACUGGAAUUGCUGGAAAAUUUCUGCACCUACUGGCAGGUUCUUUUGGGAUGCACAGGUAUUGAGUUGUAUCUAAAGUAACAGUUUAAAACACUAGAACAUGUAUUUUCUAAGAUAUUAUAUGAAUUUUUGUUUUCAUGAUGUGACAUAAAACCCAGCAUGUCACUUACUCUGCAAAAUACAGCCAACACACGCCAGGAGAAUUCACACAUGCUCACUAAAUAUGAUCAAGCUGUACUCGACUGCACAUGCAUAUUGAAAACACAUGUAGUGUUCCCCUUCACAACAAGCUAGCAUAGCUGCCUACAUGUUUUAAGUUAAAAAUGAGUCAACAAACAGCACCGGGAGACAACACACAAACACCACCAGCCUCAGAAUUGACAUAUCUUACUGCUGCAUGGGGAUUGUCCUCAGUCGCAUUGAGGUGAUUUGGCUUUGAAAGUUGAAUACUGCUAAAAAGAAAACAUCUGCGGACUGUGAUGGAUAGCAGUUGCCAAUAAAGACAGCCUGAUGAGUAACUUGUUUCCCUUAAAUAAGUCUGACAAUGCUCUUGUUUUCUCUGGAGUAGAAAAACCACUACAUGUUACAGAAACACAAAGAUUAUUAUGGAAAGCUGCUGGUCUCACAAAACGAGUGGAUUUUACAGUGAGUUGGUAUGUCACACUGUUUUAUGUUUAGAGCUAAUGUCGUAAACACAACCAUUUUUGUGUCAUGUUCAAUAGUAGUUUCAACUGCAACUGUCUCCUGUCUGCUUUGACUACUUCAUUUGCUCUGACUGCCUCUCGUGCGUCAUGUCAGUUGCGUGCAGAACCAAGUAAAUGUCAUCAAUAAGGGAACCAUUACGUGGAAAGGCAAAUGCCAUUUAUAUCUCAAACUGGUUAGGACCGGCUUUCAUCUAAAAACUCAUACAAUACAAUAACAAUGGAAACAAAAUACUGUUGAUUAUCUGCGUAAACUAAGUUCCCAAAAAUGUUAAGAGAUAUUCGUAUACUUUUAUCAUCAAAGCAGUUGUGUACAUACAACGGUUUAGGGAUAGUUUGGGUAGUAAGACAGCUGCUUUUUUUCUGGAGUGGAAACUUUGAGUAUGAUAAAAUGGUUAAAAACCACAACCUUUCUCAGUGGCAACCCUUUUUGUUAGGCUUUUGCACACUGAUAGUUACAGUCUCUUAGUGACAGGGAAAUCUUAUAUUUCACAUAUUUUCACAAGUGUAGAAAUAACCCCGGAUUAACACAAGAUUAAGAUUACAUCUUUUUAAGAUGCAAUCUUAAGCUUCAGUUUGAACAAGUCAACCAAAACAGUUUCGUCACCUUUCUAAACCAGCAGUUCUCAGUUUUAGAAAUUUACAGUAAAGGAGCAUUUACACAACUUUAUAGGAGAAAAAAAGAAAACAUGUUUGUUCUUGACAAGUGUUACACUUGCGCUCUGAGCCAACAUGUUGUGUGACCACCCACACAGUGGUCAGGCUCCUCACACUACACACCACAUCUCAGUGGGAAAUGAAUGGGCACACUAACUGUGUUUCUUGUCAUAUAAACUGCAUGCAUGCAGCGCUCAAAGUAGGACAUGUUUUGAGAUUGCAUGAUGGAGACCUGAUGUUAACACCUUGUUGGAGUAAUGCAACAAUUCCUCAGUGAAUCUAGAAAUGCUUGCUAAAACUUUAAAAUAACAUGAAAAGGUUAAAAGGCAGUAUAAUCAUUUCAUUUCUAGUUUGAUGAAUAUAUGAAUUGUAGGCUUGGCGUUUCCCAGUUUACAGGAAGCACUAACAAGCUGGCGUUCGCCGCUUAAGUGGCACUUUCUGAGGGUUGCUGAUUUCUAGCUUUAGCUUUAUCUGUUGUACACAGGCUUUUGUGGUGUAACCUCUUGCUGGUUUUACAUAAAUGGUGAAUUAGCAGUUUAUUGUGCAGGCUAAAAGCAUGCAAAUGAAUUCUCCUGAAUGGCUCCAGAUAUUAACAGUCUCCAGAGCAACACUCCCACACUGAUGGCUCUGACAGCACAGGUUUAUUUACUGCUUCACAAAUUGUAUUCUGACUAGUUUGCUACUCAGUACCCCCCCCUUAAACCGUCACACACUGCGGUGUUACUCCAGAUUUCCUCUGUGAGUUCCUCUGCCAGUCACUUCCCUGAUUACCCAUGUGUCAGUCAGUGUUUAUGACCCUGCUUGGUGUGCAUCUGCUGCACUGUGAAGGUGAAGCUGAAUUAACCUAAGUGUUGCGUUGCUUUCAAAGAGGUCACUGAAAUUGAUUGUGCUAAAUGCACUGAACCACACACGCACACUCAGACCCACACAGGCAGUGGUGCCGUGGUUAAAAGUGUGACUUUGUGCGAGCUGCAUGCGAAGUCUAAUCUGAUGUAGAAAAAUUAUUGACAGUGAGUGGGUUUUCGCAGUGUGGGAGUGACAUUUGAGUUUGCACAUGUCAUGAUAGAGGAAGCUGAGCGUUUGCAGCUGUGCUCAGUCAAAAAGCUAUUGUCAGUCUUACUGUUUCAUGUCACUUGAACUGCUAAUCCAGGGUUUGAUUUGGUUUUAAAUAAGAAAACCUUUAAAGCCUUACAAAUGAAGUCGGCUGAAUUGGACUAUUUCAGGAAUCCGAAAACAAACACACUUACUAAAACAAAAACACACUGCCACAGCAUGUGGGAGGAAGGUCAUCUGAAAUGAAAGACCGCAGCAAAGAGUCACUGCUAGAGGAGGCAACACUUCAAAUAUCAUUUUGUGUUCACAGGAGCACCAUCCAUCACUCUUUGUCAAAUUCGAGGUUAUACUGGCAUAAAAUAGACAUAUCUUUAUUAUGUCACAAUAAUACAAUUAGAGCUGCAGCUAUUGAAUAUUUUAGUAAUCGAGUAUUCUACUGAAUAUUCUGUCAAUUACUCAAGUAAUUGGACCCAAACGGCAGACUCACAUAAAGUUAGCUUUCCUAUAGCCCCACAAUGAAGGCCAGACUCGGAGAAAUAGAGGACAAUCACGGAACAAGCAUAUGCGUUAGAAGAUUGCAAUGCUCGUAAGAAAGCCAAUCAUGAUAUUAGUUUUCAUCGUGUCACUAAAGACAUUGGUGUCCGAGAGAUGAAUAGCUCUGCUACGACACCAGCAAUGUUAGGCUUCAAGCUAGCGUUAAGAGAAGUGUGCAGAGCAGUGCUGUCUCCACCCACAACUCAGAGGCUAAGUGCAACUGAGCUACUAGUGCGCUGCACAAGAAAACAAUGUUGCCAACUCCCCAGUAAGGAAAGUUGCUAGUGGCUGUCGUAAAAGUAGCUAGAAGUCGCUAGAUGACGUCAUUGCCUAAUUUGCAUAAUUUCUCAGUCAAACUCACUACCCCCCUUCUCCCCCCUUUCCCUGGAGGAUUAGAAGGAGGAGGAGAAGUCUUCUUUGGGGUGUCUGUCAGUUUCUGUGUUUUAGAAGAGUAAUAAUGAUACCUGCUUUCAUGUUAGAGUCUUUAAAUUUCAGAAAAAGUUGCUAGAUUUGUAGCUCGGCACUUUUUGAAAGUAAACGCCACGGGGGUCUGAAAAGUUGCUAAAGUUGCUAGGUUGGCAACACUGCAAGAAAAGCCCCUCUCAUCAUUUAUUUUUUCCGCUCUGCAAAACCUAAACAGCGCUUACUCCUCCUUCUACCGUGGUGACGUAAGCGCAUUGUGUCAUCUUCUAAAGAAUCUGUGCGAAACAGUGAAGAUUUGAGCUUAUAAAUGAGUACUCGAGGCAGAGAAAUUCCUCGAUCAUUAUUUGUAAUCGAGGUACUUGAGGUAUUUGAGGAAUCGUUUCAGCCCUGAAUACAAUAUCAUUUAGCAGACACUUGUAUUCAAAGUGAUGUACAUAUGAGUACAAGAACAACACAAGCAAAGAUCUAGAUAAGCAGAAAAAAAGAUCAGUAAGAGCAACAAAGUGCAUCUGGGCACAGGUGCUGCCAAGCAGUGUAAAAGGUAAUGCACAACAGUGAUUAGAGAAUUUUAUUUUAUUUUUAUGAAUAAGGGACAUCAACAAUGAAGCAAUCACUCAAUAUAAAAGCUUUCAUUGUGGCUGUAAACAGUCAGCAUGUUUUGCUCUGGUGGAAGAAAUAAUAUAAGCUUGGUACCAAGGCAGGUGAUGUGACUAGUUCACCAGAGCCCCCUGACUUGACUUUACACCAGUGGACACACUUGUGCUCCCUCUCCUUUAUGUAACAGAAGAAAUGUGGUGUUAUUUCAGAUGAAUCCUAAUAAUAGUCUUUACAAAACCAUUACUGUUACAAAUAACACACGUUGAAGAUUUUGACAGUUUAAACCCAGCACCAUGGAGCCACAUUUAAAAAAACCUGCUGCUGCUGUUCCCUCCCUUUCAGACGAAGCUCUGUAAUGUGUUUUCACAGCCAACAUAAGUCAUGCUCACCCGAUGAAAUGAGAAAUGAGUUUUCAUGUGGAUCAUUUGCAGCUCAUUGUUAAUGAGGGGGUUUUCUUGUCGAGACAGUUUGUUUAAUGCUCUCUACACUCAUGAACAAGGUGAUCUAAUGCUGUUAGAAAGUCAUAGUGAAGCCACCACUCCCUGUGUUAUUCAACCCUCCCUCAUCUAGGCCUUGUGCUCUCAUUGUCGUGUGUGUGCGUAUGUGUUAUCUUUUAAUGUGGAAAAAGAAAAGAGUCAUAACAUUACCCUUCAAACUGCUCAUUAAAUUGGUAGAAACAGUGAAGCAGACUAUAGAUUGUACAUAACUGAAAUACUAUGAAUAUUUUCCACCAGGUUGAGUGAUUAAACAAACAUUUAAUAAGACGGGUGUUUCCAGAAGGGGAGAUUAUUUUCUGCAGGAGGAACUGUCAGAGUGUGUCGGCUUUAAUUGGACUCUGUCCAUUCUGAACACGCAGGCCAGGUCCCUGCAGGUCAUAAACUGUGCGACAGGUGCAUAAGCAAAUGAAAUCCCCGCAGAUCCCAAGGUUGACUCAAGGUUUGUACAGUUAAUGGAGGGAGGAGGGCGGCAGUCUUCACCUUCAUGUUUGAUUUUUUUUCUGUCUCGUAAACCCUGCAGACAAGUUUGCAUGCAGGAGAAAUGUGUGUUUGUGUGGAGAGGUGUUCAGUUGCUCUGUUGGAUUAGUUUGCACAUGCAGAAAAAAGGCUUCUUUCCAUACUGUAGCUGGAGGUUGAUUGGGUUUGCCCUAAGUGUGUGAUUUAUGUCAGAGCCUGAGGGGCAGAGGUUGUGGACAGGCUAAUGGGCCACAGUUUCUGCUGAUUGAUCUUGCAGGAAUUUAAAAGAUCCCAGUUCUGAUUGGAAACUUAAUAAAGGCUGAAUGAUUAGUCAGGCAGAGGAUGACAGCUGUAAAACAAGCCUGCACAAGCAUGGCCACUGGGAUCACUGAGGUUUCUCUGACAGCUUCCUUCUUUUUUUACUUAUGGGUUCUUUGUUCUUGUCCUCAGAUUCCACUCUUUUCUUUUUAUUCUUUUUUUAUUGCUUUUCUUUUUCUUGUUGUCCUUUACUUGUUCACUGCUUUUACCUCUGUCCUCCUUUCACAUAUGGCUGCAUGAUAGUUUGUAUUACUGCAGCUCAAUAUGUUGAAGAUACAGCAGUCCACUAUUGAGUCUGCGACUUCCUCAUGCAAAAACUUUGAUGCUUACCAAUCUAAGUUUAUGAUGAUGAAAGGAAACGAAGACCUGUUUGGGGCUUUAACUCUAUGGCUACUUAAUUCUGUCUUGUACAGACACAACUCUUGAAACUGAGGUUUUGCUCUUUCAGCCAUGCCCUUUCACCCUGAUCUUUGUGCUGCAGGCAGAGAUACAUACUGUAUGUGUAUGUUGUGUGACUUAAAGCAGCGAGCAUCUACUUCCUUAAAGUGAAGUGGUGAACUUGUUGUUUACACAGAGCUCAAUCUCAUGGCAUUGCUGACCCUCCCUGUAACAGCUGAUAAGACCAACUCGGUUCGCUGAUCCCAGUCCCUAAAAUAUGAAUAAAUGCUGCUUUCCAUUUCUCCGAUCCUGUAAUGUGGAAUAAUAGCAGACUGGAGCAUGUUACUGUUGACCUUUCUUUGGCUUAAUUUCGUCCAUUUCCAAAAAACACGUGUACAGAGUUAAAUAUAGAGCAUUACAAGUACUGCCGUACUUUUGAUCACAUUCAUGAUAACACUGUGAGAUAGAAUCUCUGUGAUUUAUUACAAUUACAGCUGAGCUGCCAUGUGCAACAGCAAAAACACAGGUCAUAACACAUCAAACUUUUGCACAAAGCUGCCAGAAGGUAAGCAUGAUCCCUUCAGAAGGUUUUGGCUAAUGUAAAUUAUAGAACAUCAUCGUCUACAUACUUUAUCAGAUUUAAUUUGUGUCUCAAUGUCAGGGACAGGCCUGCAGCAGAGCAGCAAUUAUGUAAACAAAUGUACGAACAGUGUCGCCAUCAUGGAUGGAUGUUUGGAGCUGUCUCAAGAGUAAGUACACAGUGUAAGAGAUUUCAAACUCAGUGCUUUAGGCAAUUAAAAGCUAAAAAGUACUUUCUCAUUGGUUAGUUAUGACUGUUUUUCUGCCAGCAUUCAACUGGCCUGCCAGGACAGCUGGCAUCAAACACCGGAUCAUCAAAAAGAUGGAAAUGGAAAUGAAUUCAGUGUUCUUUGCAGAUGGUUGUUUGGUCAGAGAGCUUGUUUUGAAUAUCAGAGGACUGUUAAUGAGAGCUUUUCAGACGGACUCUGGACACUCAGUAAAGUAUGAGGUUGCUUGAGCCGGAAUCAAGCAAUUUGGUCUGAUCUUAAACUGAAACCUUUGGGUUACUCAAAACCAAAGUUCAGACAUUUUUUACCAGACUGUUCUUCCUUUAGUUUUAAUAUCAUAGUGAUGUUGGUUUGGUCACGUCUGUCAAACUUAACUUAACCUCUCAGUUAUUUUAGGGAACAAGAUGCAGUCUGGUCUGGGUUUAUAACAAGCUAAGAGGGUGAGGAAGAGGACAGUGGUUAAAUUAGGCAGCACUACAUUGCCAAUUUGUUAUUUUGAGUUCUUCAUAUCAUCACAAAAAGAUACUCUUCAAGCCUUCAUGAGAGCAAACAUGAACCGCAUCAGUUACUUGAUGGUAAAGCAGAAGUUUUAAAAAGGACAGCAAACUGCUGUAGAGUCUGUAUUUUGGCUGUUGUCAGUCUCACUUAUGUCUCACUGCUGAGCUUCAGGACUUCAAGAGUCAUCCCUAUUAAGUGUUGAGGUGUCGAUGAGGUUUGGUUUCACUGUUGCUCCGCUGAGAGCAGCCUCUGCUUCCCCUAACAGAUCAAUGGGAAAAAUCUCCUGCCAGAAGGAUACAAUAUCAGUAACAGGAGAGAGGAGUCUCAAUUAAUUUAACACAAACACAUUUCAGCGCCGGUGCGAGGUGUAACACGAAACGGCAGUGAAUCUCAACCGCAGUUUGUUAUCAGUCGGCCAGUCAGUGCGCUUUAACAGGACUCAGAUCUUUUUCUUCUUUCCUGGAUUUUCAUAGUUGUAUUCAUGAGACCCCCCAUCAGCCUCCUCUACAGAAUGAUGUGUCAAUAUUACAUGAUCAGAGAACAAAACUUCUUGAUAGGUCAUAGUUUCUAAAUUCAGGUAUCCAAAAAUGUAAAUUUGUCAAAGAUUGCAUUUGAUGUUUUGUUCCAGUCUUUGCAAAUAUUGCCCUAGAUUUGAAUAAAACUAAUUUGGACUUAACUUGUUCAGAGUUUGUACAUAGAACACUGAAAUCAAAUUUCAAUAUCUCACAGCUUUUGUUUUUGCUGGUACUGGUAGUAUUGCUCAUUACACACGACUAAACAAAACUGUGAAAUCUGUCAUUUUUAGUCAUCAUGUGUGAGGUGUCUCACAUUUUCAAUAUCUGUUAUUACUCCCUGAAAAGAGAGGUCAGAUUAUUUAUUAUUAUUAUUAUUGUUGUUGUUGUUGUUAUUAACAUAAUAUAUAAGUAUUCUGAUCCACUUUCAUCUGACUUAUCUGAGUUGUCCCUGAGUUUCUCUUCAGCGAUAAAUAAAGUUCUUGUUCUUGCUCUUCUUCUAGUGCUUGUUCUUCUUCUGCCUCUUCUGCGUCUUCUUCUGCUUCUUCCUCUCCUUCUUCUUGUUGUUGUUCUUGGUUUUUCUUCCUCUGAUGUGUACAGCUUUUCAGCUUGUGAGGUAAUGUUACAUCCCUGCACUUCUGACAUUUCUUCUUGCUUCCUGAAUACCACUAUGUAAAACCAGCUUUUGAACAGUACACUGAUUAAAAGAGGUGGUCCCUCUCCUCUUUGAAGAAGAUGCAGUAUCCAUGAUUUCCAAAAAGAGCUUCAGUUUUUAAUUUCUUAGAGCACUUGAUGGUUUUUAGCCUCAGUCCAUCUUAACGAGUCUGAGAAGUCAUUGGCAUUUCCUGAUCAUGUUGACAUAUGGUUUCUUAUUUGACCAGAUUUAUAACAGUUGUAACUUGCAUUCGUAGAUGCAGCAGGGAUUGCUUUCCACUGCAGAGGUUUUAAUGCAUCAGCUGCUCGAGGGCUGCAAAGAUCACGCCCAUGCAGUAUCAGUUUGUAGCCUUGGCCCUGUUGUUCAAUAAUGCUUGACUCUUUCAGUGAUAUGUUGAAAUAUGCUGAAGAUGAGGUUCCCAGACCUCUUGCAACUUUACAUCUGUGUUGAACAACUGAAACCAUUAUACUGUAUGUUAUGUAGAGUUAAAAUAACCUGAAAACCAUCAAAGUCUGUUUGUAUAAACGUUUUACACUGCUCUUUAAUCUGUCUGGGACUGUGGUUGUAAAUGGCCCAUAAAUCUAAAGUGUUUCAGAGGAGAGCUGUACAGAGCCUUGACUGUGAUGAUACUAGUGACUCAUCUGUUGUUUUCUUUCUCACCUUACACCUCUUUACUUCUUCUUUUCUCACCUCCUAUGUCUUCCCCCUCCCACCAUCUGUGUCACCUAAUUUCAUUUCCUCUAAAACUCAAUCUCGUCUCUUUACUCUUACUAAUCACUGUACUAGUGAUUGUCACUUAAUUGUUUAUUCCAUGUUGCUAAUUGAUAAAGAUUUACAGAAGAACCUGCAGAUUAAUCUCAGAACCAAAUAGCUGAAAUGCACCGAACCUCUCAGUCUGAUAGCUGCUGGAGUGAAUCCUGAGGUGGACUUUCUGUGUUAGGGCAGUUUCAGCCGCCUGUAGAGUAUCAGACCCCUCUCGUACUCUCUCUAACAGACUAAAGGUGUUGGCAUGCUGCAUGCUUUGUAACCCCCUCUCUUCGGUGCUGAUUCACUGAGCUGAAGACACAAAGAUAUGAGGUUGUGUGUGUGUGUGUGUGUGUGUGUGUGUGUGUUUGUUUGUGUGUGUGUGGGCUUGGAGAGAAUACAAAGCCUGACGACAGGAAGAGAAAGAAACAAACACUGAGAGUGAGAAGUGUUGAACAGUCUUCACACAUUUUCUACAUUCCUCAGUCACACUGCAGAUGAAACACUCCGUGUUUAUCUCCAGAUUAGUCCUGCAUGAGCUGCUCUCACAAGGAGGCUAAUGUUGGGAAUUAGCUGUAAUGUUUUGUUGUGAAAUGCUUCUCACUUGUGUAAUGAAGAGUUAACAAAAGAGGAUUCUAGCUUGAAAGCAACAGUCGCUUGGCUCAUUAGGAGCGAGUGAUCCACUGAGAAGUUAACAUGGUGUAAUGAAGGCCAGGGUCUACUCUUGUGCAUCUUGACCUGGCUAAAAAUUCAGUUGUAUAAAACAGCACAUAUGGACUUAUUCCUCAAGAGCACCGUAAAUGAAUAAUCAAGCAUACUUCUCAUUUCUUACUGCAAUUUCAGGAGCCUUUAUUUUCUAGAAGCAGCAUUUGUAGGAUGCAUCAUCAGCUGAGUCACACACGUACACAUGGCGGUUUCUGCAACGUUGCAGGAAACUUGAAGAGGGGGUUUGAAAGGUCACAUAUAAGGAGUUUGAUACAGUAUGGUUUUAACAUCAAAUGAAAGCGAGCUCGAGAGGAGUAAUACAGAAAUCAAUCGUACAGAUAUAUUUCAAAUACAGAAGAUCCAUUGCAUUCAGUAUGUGUAAAUGUUGUUUAUUUGUCGUAUGAGUCCCUCUGAAACUGGACUUUUAAAAUACAUUUUAGUCUCUCAUAGUGGGACGAACAUACCUAGUUAAUAGUGUUGGGGAUCGAUUUAUUCACUUCCAUUGCACUUCAACUAGCCUAAGCGUUCUGGGCAUGCUCCAGAGUUUGCUCACUGGGCUUGGAUCCAGAGGUUGAAGAGCAUAAAUACGCUGCAGGGAAGCCGGAUAAUAAACCAAAUCUUAAAUGAUGGUUUAAGGAUGUAAAAUAGAUGAAGAUGUCCAAUCAAAACAAACAAAAAGGUCAAAGUUGCAACAGUGAUGGUGUUUACAUUGCUUCAUCUACAUCCCAUUAGUUACUUGUUGGUGCAUUUGUUUUAGGUAUGUAACAGGCCAAGCAGUAGAAGAUCCAGUAGUACAGGGGCCAAAGGGGGCAUGUUUCCACCUUCAGGAACAGGCAGACACGCUUCUGUUAAUGAUUCACUUCUUGCCUGGUGCUUGUAGAUUUAAAAUCACUUCACACAAUACCUGUAGCUUGACUAAACUGUGCAUAUAAACAAGCUUAGAGUCCAUUUAAUACUCAGCUAAACACCCGGCAGAUAAGGACAAGCUGACUCAGGAUAUUAAUCUAAAUAGAGGAGUUUUGAUUGGAAAGAUUUAAUACAGCUCACACAGUUUCAUUUCUUCUCAGCAUCAUUCCUGGAGAAAUUAACAUUGAUCGAACAUUUCACUCCACAAUUAAGUGACCAGACUUCUGCUGCCAUAUUUACAGUGUGUUCGCAUUUCUGUUCCCAUUCAGCUCUCCUCGGGUUUUUGCAGUUGACACACCUGUAAACAUAAAUGAGGCAAAUGUCACAACUUUUUACAUUGUCGCUAUUAUCACUACUGCCUAUGAUUUGACUUCCGUGGAACAAUUUUGAAACAUAAAGAUACUGUCAAUGGUUAUGCUGCUGUUGCCUGGAUUGCAGGACAGGGUGUUGCUGUUUUCCCUUCUCAGAGAUGGUUCAGGUACACUUGCUCUUUAGUCGUCUUUCACACCUGCCAUUAUUUUCUGAUUUUGCUAUGUUAUCAUUAUCUGUGAUUAGUUUAUGUAUGUUAGCUAAAACUAAGGGUUUAAAAAGGGAUGUUGUUUAUUAGCUUGUUUACACAUGCAGAGGAAAAAGGAGGAGAUCUCAUGAUGUCUGGCUGUAAGAGAAGAGAGAGAUAAUGGCUGUACGGAAAAAUCCUUUCCGUGGUACCGUCACUAUCAAAACUGUCAGAUAUUUUCAGAAAGUCUUCCUCCCUUUUAUAUAUCAUCCUCCCCCGUGUUCUGUGCAUGUUUUUUUUUUUUUUUUGUCAGCUCUGUGCACAGAUGGAGGUUGUUGAUUUCUGCUGCUGUCAGCAGUCAACGUUGCCAGCAUUUCUAAACAUAGAUGUGUGUGAAGACUGUGAGAUCUUCAUGGCUUCAGACGGUUUAAUUCUCCCAGGAUAUUAAAUGCCAGUCAGCGGUUGUUUAUCUGCUGAGAAAGGAGAAAAAUGAUAAUGAUUAAAAUUCCAAGCAGAUGAUGGAGGGAGCCUUACAUCACUCUGUUGUUCUCAGCCAAGCAAAGAUGCAUCCAAACAGGCCCUCAGUUUCCAUGGAGCAGGGGUCGCCUGCACCAGGGUUAUUAUUCUGUAGUCCAUUACUCAGUGAAGUCAGAGCCCCCUCAGAAAGCCUGUUAACCAUCAUCAUAUAUAACAACUCUUUCUUGUGCUGUGUAUGUAGUCCAACUUUCUUUCUAAACAAGUCUGUGAGAGGAUGUUUUUAGCAUAAUGUACAAUGCUAAGUAGGUGAUAUUGACCUCAAAUCAAUGUCACGAUAUAUUGAGCAGUUCACCUCGAUAAUGAUAAACGGACAAUAACUAGCUGCUGACUUAAAGGGACAUGAGACCAUAGCCUACCUACACGCAUCCAAAACCAACUUUUAAUUAAUUUAUUUUUUUGACACAGAAUAUAUUGACAUAGGCAAAAUGAUGUCGGUUAUUGUUGUAAAUCUCGGUAUCAAUAAUUUUUUGGUUUAUCGUCCAGCCCUAAUGCCAAAUGUUAACUUAAUGCAAUGUUUCCCAUUUUUUUUGAUUUUCUGUUGUAGCUUACAGCCUACAGUUUUUGUUGUCACUCCUCUGCCUUUUUUGAGUUUUUGUCUUGCUUCUUGUUUGUCCCACUGCGAACAAACUGACAUCAACUUGACUGCUUUCUUUCAGUGCAGUGAUAUGACUACAGGUAGUCAACUACAGUCUGUGAUACACCUGUAUUCCUGUGUGCACUUUAUAAAAACAGACUUUUGCUAAUUAACCCCCUUCUAUGCUAUCAUACAUGAAAUAUAUGUGUAAUUUGAAUCAGCACUAAAAUAGAUUGGUGGUAACUAUACAAUGCUGGUUGAGGUAAGCAAGUAGCCAGCUAUUUUGCAGACAGCCUUUGUUUGUGAAAAUAACUGAGAUGUGAGACUAAAUAGCAGGAUGGGUAAGCUAAAAUGACAUCGAUGUCGGGGGUCUGAAAAGUGCCAGGCUGGGGAUGGAGCUCUGAAGCAGCCUUGUCAUAAAAAGUGACUGUUUGCGUCACUAUUUGCGUCUUCAAUACAUCCUAGUUUGGAGCUGUGGGCAGUUGAGCAGAUGGAUUUAUAGAUUUGAUCUACAAUGUAGUAACAUUGUUAUCAGCCUGAGGUUUAGUUUGUUGUUGUUGAAUCGUGAUGAAGAAGCAUUGUUAAUCAGGAUAAAAGAAAGCACAUGGUCACUUACAGUACAUGCAAAUGCACUCUAAAUGAUUGCCUGGCUUGUUGAUUAGGUUUGCUCUGUUGUUCGUCCUUUGGUUUGCUCCUUUUAUCUCUCAGUUGAUAGUAAACAUGUGACUAACAUGUGAGUGUGAGAGCGCCAUAUCUGUAGUUUGAGUGGUGGGCGCAACAUUCCAGUCUUUCAUAAUUUGAGACACUUUCUGUCAGUGUUCCCGCUCACGCUGUUUGUCAGUGAUCAAAGGUUGACUGACUGUUACUCCUGUUUACAAUUCUUUCCAUUCAGGUAGGCUCACUUAUUUUAAAUCCCCAUGUAGUGGUUUGCUCUCAUCCUGCUCUACCUCCUCUUCCAAAUAAGUCAAAGCUUUCAGUUUACUUCCCAACAGCAGCAGAGGAAAAGCUGUCAGCCUGACCACUGUGGUGUGUAGAAAUUAUAGGAGAAUGUUUCUGCAUUUUUAAACCUGCAGGUACACACUUUCCUCGCCAAACAGAUGGUUUGUAUACUUGCAUUUGUGAAAAUAAGGCUACAUAGAUGAUGCAGAGAAGACAGUGAUGUUAAGUUAGACAGAGGAUGUAAGCUUUCAUUGGCAAAUUGUGAAAAUUCGCUGGUUUCUAUCUUCUGUCUCUUGUCAACAAAGGCUUUCAGUCAAAUCUCUCUUGGUGUGCAUGUGUUUUUUUUCUUCUAACUCCCUUAAAAGCCUCUGUGAGACACUACAUUUAGUUUCCUUGUGACACCUCCUCUGUCAUAAUGGUGUUUGAAGCAGCUCUGUGUCAACUUUGUAAUUCAUGGCUCUCUGCAGAGUUAAAAUUGUACAGUGAUGUUGGCCUGAGAUCUACCAGCCUGCCAGAUGAAGAGAAGGUGGUGAUCAGUCUUUGUGACAGAUGUCUCCUCUGUAGAUUGUAUUUCUGUUCUGAGAUGUGUUUGAUGCUCAUGCAGUGACGACAGUGGACUCUGAUGGUGUCUGACAUACAGCCGGAGUUAUUCUGUAAUCUGGGACAAGAAGUUUUACACAGCAUAUGUCACUAUCAUAAAAAUUCUAAUUUUUGUAAUAUUUUUAUAGAGCUACAAUUUGUGACUGCAAAAAUCAAUCCAUUCAAUGAUCGUGAGAUUAUUAGAAAACAUUUCUAUUAAUACAGAUUUUUUUUCUGUCUUUUCUUUGGUUGAACUUGAUGUUUUGUUUUGCUUGAUGCUUCAAUGUGUUGUUCUUUGGUUUGCUCGACUACAACCAGCAUGAAAUACCUCCAGACUAAGCUAAUAACCUGAUAAGGACAUAGAGUCUGCCUUCAAAAGGAUAAAUCUUUUUAGUUUGCUUGAGGAAUGUUUUCUUGGUGUAAAAACGUCACUCACUUUAUCUUCUGUGUCUCUGCUUCGAUCCAGGCCUCAUGGAGCUGGGGACUCAACGUCCACCGUGCACCAGGGAGCUCGACCCAUGCCCGGUUCCUAGCAAACAACCAUAAAGGGUGGGAACCUUGAUUACCCUUCAGUCCCUCUUUCCCACCCCUCCCCCUGAAUUCCCCCUUGGUGAUAUAGUCCUCUCCCACCUGUGGGCUGUAACAUGAUUGGCAAGCUGAAACAGAACCUGCUGGUGGCCUGUUUGGUCAUCAGCUCGGUAACAGUCUUCUACCUAGGCCGCCAUGCCAUGGAGUGCCACCACCGCAUUGAGGAGCGCAGCCACCCGGGUGGGAUCCUUCCUGUGUCAGCUCUAGGGGGCAGCAUGCGGACCACCUUACGAACAGGCCAGAACCUCAGUACGCCUUUUGUUUACAACAAAGACAUGCCACUCGUCUUCAUCGGAGGAGUGCCACGCAGUGGGACCACAUUGAUGCGGGCCAUGCUUGACGCCCACCCGGAGGUUCGCUGUGGAGAGGAAACCCGCGUCAUCCCACGUAUUCUAGCCAUGAAGCAGAUGUGGAGCCGCUCAGGCCGGGAGAAGAUGCGUCUGGAUGAAGCGGGUGUGACGGAUGAGGUGCUGGACGCCGCCAUGCAGGCCUUCCUGCUGGAAAUUAUCGUCAAACAUGGAGAGCCUGCCAAUUUCCUCUGCAACAAGGACCCAUUUGCGCUGAAGUCGCUCGCCUACCUGGCUAAGAUCUUCCCCCGUGCCAAGUUUGUGCUCAUGAUCCGUGACGGCCGGGCUUCGGUCCACUCCAUGAUCUCACGGAAGGUGACUAUUGCAGGAUUUGACCUAGGCAGCUACCGGGACUGCCUGACCAAGUGGAACCGGGCCAUAGAGACCAUGUACACUCAGUGCCUGGAGGCAGCAGAUAAAUGUUUGCCUGUGCACUAUGAACAGUUGGUCCUACAUCCUGAGAAAUGGAUGAGGACACUGCUAAAAUUCCUCGACAUUCCUUGGAAUGAUGCCGUCCUCCACCACGAGGAGCUCAUCGGGAAAGCUGGAGGAGUUUCUCUCUCCAAGUAAGUAACGCUGACAGUUCCAAAACAUUUCCUCUUUCUUUCCUUAAUUGGGAAAAGUUGCUCUGUAGUUUACUUGGAAAGGUUUUAGUCUCAUUAGUUACAAAAAGCCAAAUUCUUAUUUUUGUUAAAAGUAUCAUGGAGAGCCAACACGGAAGUUUAUUGCAUUUACCCAAAAAAAAAAAGCUCUGUUUCCAGAGUAAUUUUUUUUUUCUUUUCUGUUUUUCAGACUAAUUUUUUUUUUUUUUUAGAACAGACACUUUCAUCGUCCUUUGCUCGAUCUAUUGGAAGCAAACAUGGCCCACUUGUUUAGUUAAAUCAAGUUUUACUUUCUUUUGGGUUUGAGACACCAGGAGAAACUCCUUUCUUUAAGUCAGAUGGAUGGAAUCGUCAUUAGUUUGUUUACUUUGCGCAGGCGCAUCAAGAUUUGCAUACCCUAUGUUUAACUAAUAAUAUGCUUUACUCUCAUUGACCCGUAGUUGAAGUUAUCUAGGAGCUGGAGAAUCAGCAGAUUUGGAGCAGCUGCAGUGGUUAACAUUAUCUGAUUGUAUGAGAUUCUUGCAGCAUUUUGAAGUAUCUAGCUCAAUUAGGAAAAAAAAAAGUCCUAAAAAUAGAGAAAAAAAGUAGUAUGAGAAACAGAAUAAAGAUUUGUCUGAAAAACAGAAAGAGGGGAAAAAAUAUUGGUACAAAGGAAAACAGAAAGAAGAAAAAAACAGCAAAGACAAAAGUUACUCAAAAAACACUUUCCUUUUUUUAUUUUAUUUUAUUUAUUUAUUUUUUAGUAAGUGAAUGCAAUACGCCUCCGUAAGCUAAUGUAUCUUCAGAACCCCUCUCCUUUCCCAAACAAACACAGCUGGUGUUAUAUAAUAAAAAGAAGAGAGGGGCUGUCCUUCAGGUAAAACGGAAGACUUGUGUAGGUUGCUGUAGGAAUUCAAGUUGAGACUGAACCGUUGAACAAAAGCCCAGUGAUUCUAGUAGUUGUCAGGACAGAUUGAAAAUGUUCAGCCUACUGUCACUUCUUCUUUGAUCCCUCCUGUUUGUAGCCCUGAGAGGAACUUGUCCUUGUAGUUAGGUUGCUGAACUCUCUAAUUUCAGAGCAAUUACCACUCAGGCCCUCCUAAAGCCUCUCAAUAAUAGAUUUUCUCUUUAAGCUGCUCUUUUAAGCUGAAUUACCUCUACUGUUGUCUUGCUGUUUGCUGUGUGAGAAAAAGGUGUAGUACUUUGUGAAAUGUGAGGUCAACAGCCUCUUGAAAAAAACCCUGAACAGACAUCUGAACUAAACUUAGGGGGUUUAUUCCGGGGCGUUCAGCACUCUGAAGUGGUCACGACCAGUGAGCUCAAACUGAAUCACCAUCUAUAAAAGUUUCAUGCUGUGACUCGUGUUCAUUUCUUUUUUUAUUUAGAGCUUUAAGUUUGGUGGACAUGUUUAGAUGGGUUCCAUGAAGCUGUGUGCUAUCUCUGUAAUGUUCAUGUUAAGGCUGAUCCUAAAAAGGGGUAUCUGCUUUUCAUUUUUACAAGAUGUUCCUUCCUCUGCAUCUGCAGAUUUACGACAUUGCUCGCUGCUGACAUAAUGAUGGUUAAAAAAAUCGUAGCUUUUGUUAGAACUGUGCUUUGUGCCACAUUAAAGGCUUGAGCUGGGACUUUCAACAUGGACAUAACUCUUUUUCAUAUAUCAGGGUGUAGAUAACAAACUACACACAAAGUUUUGUCAUUGCCCCAAGCGGUUGCUUCAGCCGGCAGCUGUUAAAUGGAUUUGGCUGCAGUUUAAUCCUUUCGGGGCAAAUGAACUCUGUCAAAGUAGUGUCAGUAAAAAGGUAUUGUUUUUGGCACAGAUAGGCUCUUUUCUUCAAUAUUAAAAAGAAAUACAUAUAUGAUCCCAACAGUGAUAGACUAUUUGUGGCAAGUUACUCUCAUAUUUUCCAGUAAUUUCUGCUACUGUAAAAAAAAACUAGACACUUCUAAUGAAAGCUGCAAGAAUCCGUAGAUGGAAACUCAUAAUGUAACCUACAGCUGCUUUUCACAGCUGAAUUAAAAUAGAAGUGUAGAAGUGUAGGUGACAGUAUUUGACUAACCUGCGGUGACAAACACCAAAUAUAUCUAGGCAUGAGUGGACCAGCAUAUCCGGAUGUCUGCAGCGUUAAUAUCUGAUAGUUUGAUCUCAGUUGUUCUUUGAAGGACUCACCAACGUGUCAACAUUUUUGCAUAACAAAGUUCCCCUAUAUACUUCCUGUCAGUGUUAAAGAAAAGAAAGUCGGUGUAUGUCUCUUUCCCUGCAGCUUUGCUCAGAGAGAAAAUGUGGACAGGCUGUUUAACCUAAAGACAAAUGACAUGUAGGUAGCUGAGGGUCAAGUCAUAGGUAUCACUUUCUCCUUAAUCUCAGUUUCUGCAGGCCUUCAAAAUAAUCACACAUCCCUGGCCUUGAAACAUAUCCCUCCCAUGUUUUCACAAGUCCUUUAGACUUUCCGUCAUAAGCUUUGGUUAUGAAAUCAAACAUCCUACUUCUGCUCACAGUCAGGAACCUUCUCAUUAGUGACUUAAAACAUGUGAGAUUACAUCUGACUGCCAUACUGUACGUACUGCACAGGGUUUCUUAAUGGCCCUGCCUGCUGUCAGAGCUGUUUUGGUUUCGGUGAUUUGGGAGGUUAGCCUCUGAAAGUCAUCAAGGAAACACUGAGGGGUCCGACCUCAUUCCCUGCUUCUGUCUAACCCCCCUUCCCCAAACUCCCCUUCUGCUACCACCCUUUUCCUGCCACGUAGCACCAGAACACACUCAUAUCCUCUGGAGAUGUUUGAGCCACGUUUUGUUAUUGUCUACAUAUGAGAGCACUUGUGGUUCUUAUUAAAAGCUUUGCAUCCGUUGCCCUCCUUUUUGCUUCACUACAUUUCUUUAAGAACUUAUCUCACCUUCUCUGGAGUUAAAACUUACAGCACAUUUUUAUCCAUCCCUCUUGUGUUACCCGUUACAUUUUUAUAAGUUGUUACAUUUCUUUAUCCUGCUGUUUACCUUCAUGGGCUUGUUAAGUUUAAUGUCUUUGACUUUGACAAGAAACAGGAAUAAGAUUGUAGAAAAGAGGUCAGUGAUGAGGUUAUUUGUAGGACAGUCUUCUCCAACGCUGUCAAAAAUCAUGAUUAGUGAAAGAAUAAUGCUAAUUUUAAGAAGUCUUUUAGGAUGUUAAGUCUAAAUCUUUUACAGCAGCUUCUGUCAGCUUUUAUUGCAAAAAUUGCUGUGACAGAGUAUACAGGAUGCAGUAAACGAUUAUAUGUAAUACAUAGGCCUCUUUCAAGUGGUGUAGCUUUGUAGUAGGAAUGGGUGUUUUAACAAAGCCCCUUGAUCGAUUAAUCAUAUGAAUUAAUGAUAAAUCAUCAAUUUAAUCAUAAAUACGCACAAAACGUGUUUUUCCUCAUUGAACCAACCCCCCAGCCCCCAAACUGUUGUUCAGCACUCUGUGCUUCAUACUUGCUUCCUACCUGCCCGGCUACCGUAAUAACUGUUGUUGUUUUCUCAGUCAUGAAACGCUAAAUUGAGGACAUUUACUGGGACAACUUUGGCUGGUGACAGGUCAUUCAAAACAGGGACUGUCCUCCAAAAUUGGGACAUUUGGUCACCCUACAGAUCCUCCUUGCUAGCCAGUAGUUGAUGGUAGGUUGAGACUGGGAGCACUCGGAGGAUUCAUUAACUUCAGUCAGAUGUAUGUGGUUCAAGUGGUCCAUUAUUUGUGUCGUUGUCGUGUUGUACUUUUACACGGCAUUCCAGUGUUUGCAGCAAACUACAUAUUUUUUCUGCUUGAAAUGGUCCCACACAAUACUUGGUCUUGCUUUUCUCUCUGCAUUUUCAUGGAGAGAGAAAAGCAACCCCUCUACCUCAACAUGUCCACUUGCUUUCUCCGUCUACUUGCUUUCUCAGUUUUUUUUUCGACUUCUUUGGAAGCCCGCUGACGCUACUUUGUAUAGUGAGGUUUAGUACUUUUUUAUGCUUUUGUAUUCAACUUCAGUAUUUUCCAUCAAAAUAUUAAUUUCUCAACAUCACAAGGAAGGCUUGUCAGACUGUUAAUAAAUUGGGAGAUGUGUGCCUGUCAGUCAUUAAUCUUAGCACCAGACUCCAUUUUCAUGGAGAGAGAAAAGCAACCCCUGUGCCUCAACAUGUCCACUACCAGCGACAACAGUGAGUCAUCUGCACCUUCUGAACUGUUAAACAGAAUCAGCUGCUGAGACGACUUUACUCAAAGAGUUGACUCUGAUGGUGACACCACUGACCUAUCCAACCUGUGUUUGAAAGAUACUACAAAACUGUGUCAUGCAAGAGAGGAAACACUGAAAGCCUCACCAAGCAGUGACAGACACUCACAGACAAGGAUCACCAAACAUGACCAAUUAGCACAUGAGCUGGUGGACUAGCCUGUUAGUGGGAUGAGGAUGAGCUUUUCAGUUGUAUUAUCUGUGUUGUGUAACGUCAGCAUGUCAGCAGUGUGACAGUGUCAGACUCACUCAGUCACUGUCAGAGGGCUGUACUCAGCCAGAGUAGAUAGUAUUGUCAUUACUCGAUUAAAUUUUGAAUAGUGCACCUAAAAACACGCUACAUUUAUUCAGUAUAAAUCUAUCUGUUGGUAUCGGGAUAUUUUGAUGGCAGGAAGACAAAAAAAGUAUUGCAACAUAUAGUCUAAAGUUCCAACUUGGGAAGUUUCAUUUAGGCCAUAUAAAGUGCUCAGCAUAAAUGAGUACACCCCUUCAGAAGUGUCAGAAAACCUUUAGUUUCCUUUCAAAAUCAACAUUUUCUAUGUCAGACAAUACAACAAAAUACUCCCUCAAAUGUAGGCCAUUGAUUGCAAACAAGAUUUUUUAAGUUGCAUACAAAAAAGAUUUCUUUUCAAUUUAAAAUCAGGAUGCAAAAAUUAAUACACCCCAAUUAAAGUUCUGGGAGCUAAAUUUAAGUUACCAUAUCACCCUUAUUUUUAUCUUACGCUAAAUAAAAUGUUAUGUUUAACUCAACUUUGUCAAAACUUUGGAAAUGGAACUUUUGCUCAUCUAGAUAUUGAGUAAUACAUUUCUUUUAAUAGGGGGUGUACUGACUUAUGCUGGGCACUGUAAAUAGUUGUCCUACAUUAGAGAUGCUAAAAAUCCGCAAACAUCCUUUUCUGAAAUGUGCCAAACAAACAUUUUGGUUUCACAGAAUAAAGAAACUAAUGUGAUCAGAGUUAACCUGAAUACCAGAGCUAAAGGGAUAAAUAAUUCACUGCAGUAGAGGAAAGUUAUUUUUUCCGUCUUUGGCGACGUCAAGCUUCUCUCUUUCAAGGACUCUUGAUGCACUACAGAUUCUGCUGACGCAUGCGUCUGAACCUCUGUGCCGUGGUUGAACAGUGAAGGAUGGCCUCUUAAGUCCACACUACCAAACCCAGAGCCAUAAACCUGUUCCUGACACCCACAUUCAGACAGUAAGGGCAGAGCACAUUUUUUGGUGACCUUUAACCUAGAAACUGUUAACACGACCUAGUUUAGUCUGCAAAGAUGACGUCAAGGGAGAGGAGGGAACCGAAGAGAGUUGGACUGAAAGACUGAAUCUAGAUCCACUGCAGGGCUACAACAGAACUAGAAAGAAAAAACCUGGAAAAUGACACAGAGUGUAUCAAACUGAGCAUGCUUGGCUCAUUCCUCUUCAUGACUUCAUCUCUUUUCUUCACCACACUUGAGGUCACAUUAGUCUUCGAGUGUGUUUCUCUCUGUCACGGCCCAACUCACAGACAGAAAGCUGCGGCUUCAUGUUUAUAAUAACUUAAACCAAUAAUAUUCAAAGUGGGCAUGAGCCCUCAUGAAAAGUAGAAUUAUAUCAUACCAUUAAUAACAUCCUGGUUAUCCCCCAUAAAAACAUAACCAGUUAAUUUUCAAAGCUUAGAUAUAAAAAAUGUAUCUACAUCUUCUGAGGUUUAUCCCUUGAGUGACCAGAAUAAACAUCUUCAGUGCACACAGCUCUCUGAGUGGGAGGUACAUUCUGUAAAUCAAGACAAAAACACUCGAAAACUGAUCUUUAAAGUUAUUCGGGGUGUUGACUUUUCAAGCCUCUGUAACAUGGAGACUCUGAAGUGCUCUUCAGUCGUGUUAGAACAACAUCAGACCUCUGAGGCUCAAACUGAAGAGCUCUGGAGUUCUGAGAAAACCUAAAAUGUCCUUGACUCUCAUAACACUCCAUCAGCCUCACUCGUGUCCAGACACGGGAGGGAGGCUAAUCUUUGUUUGUCGUGUUUUUAGACGGGGUGUGGGUGUUGUGCAUCAUUUGGAAUAGAAAGACGAACAAAGCCAAAUGUCAGCUCAUGCGGAGGGAGUUUGAUAAGAGCUCUUUGGAUCCAGAUGUAGAUGUGUGCUCAUUUAGAGCACACGUCACCCCUCCACAAAUUGAUUCUCUUUAAAUAUUGAUGAACACAGACUUUAACCAGGGCCCUCCGAGCUGAAGAUCUUAGACACUCACUGCUCUGUCCUGCAGGUUGAAAAUCAGUCGACCACAAAGGAAAAGGAGUUUAACACUGUCGUAUCGUUCAAAUUAAAAUGUCCAGCGUGUUUUAAAAUAAACAUUUUUCUAGUUUUUUCUAGUUGUUGUGGUGAUCAGAAAAGUUUGCAAAUCUGCAGACAAAGUAACAAGUUAAAUACCCGCACUUCAUUUCAGAGGCAAAUGUUCCUUUUGCUGAAUGUUCCCUUUCUCAAAUGUCUCAGCUGAAUAUUUGUUGACUAUCAGGGAUCAAACUUUGUUAGCACACACUGUGGUUUUAUACCCUACAUGUCCCCUUAUUAAUCACAUGAUACAGUGUGUAUGUAUGCACACAGACAGCAUGGAUACAUCACAAACAUGAAUUUUUAGAUUCUGUGUCAUCAAUGAGGAUACUGCACUCAAGGGUAACUUAGCCAACAAAGACAGAUAAUCUGGAACAACAUGAACAAUCUUCAUUAGGAGAAACAUACUGCAAAUGCUCCAGUGAUGCAACUUCAGUAAAAUAACAGAGGUCCCAAACAAAUGCAAGAGCUGAAAUGUGCUACAAAUGAAGAAAACAUGACAGAAAACACGCUGCAAGUACAGAAAUGAUGCAAAGCCAAAAACAUACAAAAGCAGAAAAGUGGUGUUUUAAAAAAUCUCCAUUUGCAGCAAUUUACUUUGCAGAAGUGGCCUGUGGAGGCGCUAACUAAGACAGCUUUACCAUUGACAGAUUAAAGAAGAAGACCAGACACUGAACAUAUGAUUGACAUGGUAAAGCAGCAAAGUUUGUAAUCAGGGAGUUAUCCUUACUCUGACAUUGGUAAUGGGGAAGAUUGGGGUCCUUUGAGGCUGUUCAAGGAUGUUUGGAGAAAGUGCUAACUGCACAGGUAACUGAGCUUGAAAGCCAACAACUCCAUAUUCUCUGAGCCCAACAUUACUUUCUCCACAACUAACUGAGGAUUGUAGCUGAAGAAAGCCAGCAGUUCAGUGGAUUUUUGCCAAGUUUGGCUCCAAGUACACCAGGGUGUUACCACUAAAGCCCUGCUCAGGUCCUUGUGGAUGGUAAGAUUACCGUGCUUAAACCAUCCUGUACCAUGGUUGGCUACCUUUCCCUGUUAGAGGCUUAAAGCUUGGAACUUUAAGGAGUUCAUCUCCUUGGUUCAAAAUAAAAAUCUGCCAUGGCUCGUAAAAACUUGAUGGCCAUAUUACUGCGCAGUACACCGUCUACAUGUCUGCUUUGCCCCAGCGUCAUACCGCUCCCUAAAUGGCUCCUGAUACAAUUUGAAGUAAGAAGAUUGCAGCCACAAGUAGCCUUCAGGGCAGCACAACUACCUCUUACCAUCAUAAACAUAUUGCCCCACCUCCUUUCAACUACUCUACCCACAGUGCAUUAAAGUCAACCCCCCUGACACCCUGCAGAGAUCACCUCCCGCCCUCUGCAACCACCAGCACUCUCCUCUCUCUCCACCAUCCCGCAGCCUCAGGUCUCUAUCUUCAUGAAAAUCUCAAUCAGCGGGCAGCCAGGCCCCUGAGCGGGACCUCGCCUUAGCAUUAACAUCAAUUACACGUCCUUGAUUUAGUGGAGCUCUGCCUCGCCGAGCCACUCGCUCCAUUACUCCUCCCAGAGCAGGGAGCUGCUCCAUCCCUCCUCCCUAACCUGGCUCUCCAUCCUUUUUGUGAUCCUGAAGUCUCUAUCUGAUUCUUCGCGAUCAGCCGCUGGUGAUACAGAACACCACCUUGGGUAAAGGAGGCCCUGCCAUGAAUAAUUGACAAGCUGGAGGCCAUUAAGAGCAUCAGCCUGAAGGGAAGUGGUCAUGUGACGAGCCGAAAGGUUUUUUGUCACAUCACAUUUGGAGCUGACAAUAGGAGUGUGUGUGUGUGUGUGUGCUUCACUUGAGCUCUCUGGGUGCAAAUGAUUUCAGACUGAUGUCAGGAAAUAAACAGACAGGAUAUUUAUAUCUGUGUAUUGUCUCCCUUGUUUUUUUAUCAUUGUGUUGAUGGUCUGUGUCUGGAGUUAAAUCUCAGGGCUGCACCAAACAUGCCCCAAAAAUGUUAACUAUAAUUGCACUUUUUGUUAUAAUUGCAAUAUGAGCUACCAAAUAAACACACCAAAGACGUUCAAAAUAAUGUAUGCUUAAUAAACUUUUCUUCUCAUCAUCUGCACAUUUUACCUGUUUGAAGGAUAUCUGGGUAUAAUGAUCUGAAAGCACUUUGAUGCAGUCAGAUAAAGCUGAAAUAACUGUUUUGCUGCACGCGUUCUAGCAUGCAUGAAAACAACAAGAGUCGGUCAAAGAAAAGUCCUAAACUGCCGUGCCUGCUGUCUUGACAUGUCACCCAUUAAAAACAUUUGGUGCAACACAAUGAUGGCUUGACAUUAAAACCUGCCAAAAAGGUCAUACUAGAGUCCGUUUUCAUCUUUUAAAAUUCAACUCCAACAAAGAAAUUGAGAGAAGUAAGUGAGCUCACAUCAAGGAGACCCCAAACUACUGAGCAGCCUAAAGCCCAUGUGGGGCAACAAUAGGGCAAUCUUUUGUCUGUAAACUUUUAAAAGGUGAACAGAGUUUUAUUAAAACAAAGUAAACAAAACAAAUAUAAACAUGUCCGUAUCCCAGUUGUUUUGAAAUGUGGUGGUAAUGAAUUCAAAAUAUACUUUUUCAUAGAAUAAUGAGAUUUUUCAUUUUUAGAAACGUUAAAAUAUUGUCUUUGCGCUUUUUUCCGUCAAAUAAAGGGUUUAAAUGAUUUGCAAAACAUCAAAUUCGCACCAGCUGCACCUCAUUUUUAAAUACUAAAGAAAAAGGUUUGAGAAGGUUCAUAUUUGAUGCAUAAUGCAUUAACAGGAGGGAUGCACUGAGGGACCUUUUUAUCUCUGUAAUAGCUGUAAAGCAUGUGACAGGUGCUGCAGGAUAUUAGACGUGAGGAGCAAUGACAGUCACAUCUUAGAAUCACCAAAAGAGGAGCUCAGUUCAUGCAUUUAGAUUAGAAGGAAAACCUGCGUUUCUCAAGCAGUCGAGAUUUCGAAAAAACCGUGACCACCCUCGCACGAGAAUGACUCAUUUGUUUUCUCUUGCUUGUUGUUCUCGUCUAUAAAAUAAACCAUAUGGUCGUCUGCUUGAAUCUAACCUGACAGUAAAGCUGAGCUGUGUUCACUACACCCAGUCCUUGUCUUUAUCAGUUUAUGUUCUACGUCAACACUUAGCAGCCUCUUGGGUCUUGAUGGAGUUACCUAAAGUGAUUCCCUGCCCAUUUGUUGCAGAGUGGAUGUUUGGAUCAGGGCCCAUCUCCAUCAGAGAGCAUCUCCAGCGUCCUCCUGAGAAGACAAAACCAGCUCACUCUAUUAAUCAUGCAGGAGACUAUACUCGUACAGUGUAAAGACUCGAUCGCAAAGUAAAUGGAUUAGAGGAAAGUGAAUUGCUAUAUUGAGGUAUAGAGUCAGACAGGAAACAUACAGGAGGGUUGGAGUAGCUGGACGGCAGACGGUAAACAGAUCGUAGUGUGUGCAGAGUGAGUGAACUGAAGGAAUAAGAAAUGGGGGUCAAAAUGUGAUUUCCUUGUGUUUUAUUUUGACAUUAAGGAAAUGUUUUUCUUACUCGCGGUGCACAUAGCACUUAGUUUCUUCUUCCUCCCAAAAAUCUGCCUGAAAACAAGAGUCCAGAUGUUUGAAGCUGAUGCGAUCACAGUUUGGAUUGGAUUAAAUCCUAGAAACAGGUUGUUCAAAAUAUAAAAAACACUUUUUAUCCAGUUAAAACCCCGAUUUUCUGCUGUUAGAAACUGUUGAGUAGGAUUUAGAAAUCUUUGAUCCAGUGACUUAAGAUGAUCCUGAUCUGAACAGAGGGCUGGAUUCAGGCUGGAUUACAGGACCUAAAUAAGAUACAUAUUCAAAGUUUCCAUACAGAUUUUUUACUGUGAUUUUGAUAGAAAAAAUGUAAAUGAUUUAAUAUUUACCUUAUGUAUUUAUACCAGGGCUGCAGUUUGUGAUACACAAAGUCAGGAUGAAAAAUCGAGUCAUUUACAUCCACUAAUCGAGCUCAUCCUGAUGACGCUGAGUGAGCUGAAAUACUUCAAAAUAAACAAAUCCAUGUGGAGCUGAUCCUGUAACGUUUUUCUCUUCCUCUCAGGGUGGAGAGGUCCACAGACCAGGUCAUCAAGCCGGUCAAUGUAGAGGCCUUGUCCAAGUGGGUGGGGAAGAUCCCAGCUGACGUGGUGAGGGACAUGGCCGUCAUCGCCCCCAUGCUGUCCAGGCUGGGCUAUGACCCCCACGCCAACCCUCCUAACUACGGCCGGCCGGACCCCAAAGUCCUGGACAACACUAGAAGAGUGAGUACAAACCAGAGCAUGAACCAGAUGGUUUCACUAAAGCUUCUUUUCAUUUUUUUACUUAAUAACCUCAAAUCAAAUUCAAUGAUCUCACCCGGCUAAUGACGAGAUGGUAACAGGGAAAAAUUCCAUAAUGCCGAAGUAUUAAUUUAAGGAGACCACAAUAAUGGGAUGUUGUGUAUGAGCUCAUUCAAAACAAAUGACACAUUUGUUCUGCUGAGUUUAUUGUAGUUUGUGCGUAGUAUAGCACUGUCUACAACAUGACUUUGAUUCUGCACUGAUAUACACAAUGGUACGGGCUCUCUGAGAAAGGCCCAUUCAGCAUUACAGUAAUAACAUAAUACACUGAUAAAUGUAAAGAAACACUUCAGGAACAACAGUCACCUGUCACUGGCAUGUUAGUUUCACUACUAACUAUAUAUGUUCAUGUGGAUGAGGCCCCUAUGUCUACUGUUAUCAUCAAACAAAGAAGCCAGAUUUUGUCAGCUAUGGGCACUGGGAGUGUAUUGAACAGCUCUUGUUCGAGCACACGUAACCUAGCAGUUGAAGCUAUGGGGUUGAUGUCCCAUCUGCAACCCAAAACAACAAUAUCCAUAGUAGGGCUUGGUAAUAAACCGAAAAUUUACAGAUACCGAAAUUUAUGACAAUAACCAACGUCAUUUUGCCCAUAUUGGUAUUUUUUGGUAUCAAAAUAAAUAAAUAAAUAAAAGUUGGUUUUGGAUGUGUGUAGGUAGGCUAUGGUCUCAUAUGGUCUCCCCUUUAAAACGCUGUCCUACGUCAGAGACGUGACUCCACCCCAUCCAGCCUGUAACAAAGACAGGAAAGACAGGUGAGGGGAUGGAGGACGGUUCAAAAGUUGUAGCGGCUGGAGCGGCCAUAUCGCCCAGCCCUAAUCCAUGGGUUGGUACAGUCCACAGAACAAAUUCUGAUUUUGAUCUGAAGCAGAUACUCACAGAUUCAUAAAGUUCAUUGAAUCUUGUGUGAGUGUUGGUCACGUUUUCUCACACCUUUUUUCUACUAACUGGAUAAUUAAGCACAGGUUGCUGCAGGAGCCUCAUUUGUCAGCAGGAAAAAAAAAAAAAGAUAUGAAUUUUGAUUUUCUCACAGUACUUUUUAUAUACCACUUUUAAAUCUCAACUUUAGAAGGUGGUUUUUGAUACCUGCGAAGAUCACAGCCCAGAAAAGAGAUUUUCUUGCAUUAAUGUAAUCAGAUAUUUGAGCAGAGAUGGAUCCUGAGAUUGAAGCACCAGCCUUAUUAUGAGAGGCUCAGCAGCUCUGUAUGUUAUAUAAACUUGGUGCAUGAGCAGACCUUACCAGACCCCAAAAUCUUUAUAUAUUAAAAAACGUCUGUCAUUUUUGGAGCAGAAUGUGUUUUAUUAAAUCAUUUUCCUCAAGCUUGACGUAUCGGGUGACUUUCUUCACAGCCCAUCACUCUCUGUCUAAGCUAAGGGAUAUUUUAUUUUUAUCUCUGAAGGUCUUCUGAGGCCGAGGUUCCUGGCGUUAGUGUUCCUGAAUUUUCAUUGUGUUAAAUUAAGCAGGGAAAGAGGUUCGAACAUGAAUAAAUGAAGGUGACCUUAAAUCUGAGGCAUUUAUAAGUGACUGUAAAUCAUUGAAACCACUGGGAACAACAUGAUUCACGUUACUCACUGUCUCCGGAGACAAAAGCAGAGGAUCGAGGAAAAGAGCAGCUGUAGUUUCCAUUAAACUGAAGUUACCUUCUGUGAUGACUUAGUGGUACAUUUUUAGCUUUCCAGGCCCCCUAAACUGAAACUUUACUGCACUGCAGUCAACAAGGAGAAGAGGGAGGUUGUGAAAUGGUGAAGAAGUGUAGUUUAUGUUUGUAUCAGCAGUUUAGCAGUGAUAAUGAGAGACCCAAAGACUGUAGUGUGUUUUCUCAAUGUGACCUUUCCCCCAUCUGACUUCCAGUCAAACUUUUCUGGCUGAUCUGUCGCUCCCAAGCACAAAGUCUGGAACUCUUUCCAGGUAUCGGAACAUUUUCCCGAAACAUCUUGCCUAAAGCCUGAAAAGUGCCCCAUAGUGCUUAUAAUUCCAGGACCGCAGACAUAAAAUAUAAUAAAAGUGUAGCAUAAAGAGAGAACCUAAGUAUUUAUAUUAUCCUACAUCACUGCCGGACCUCCCUGCAGACAGAUUCAACAUCUGGUGGAAAGGCUGAAAUCAGACGAGAGGGGCUGUUGGAGCAGCAGAUCGAUAGCUAAACCAAAUCUAUAGAGGCUUUUGGACUUGUUGGAUAAGAUGCUAAAUCCUAAGAUUAGGUCAUGCAGUCUUUAGACACAACACAAAUGAAUAAACCAAGAACAGAGAAAAUAGCUAGUGAUGAAGUUUAACCACAAAUGUAGGACUACAAUUAAAAGUCAUUGUGUCCUACACUGUUAUAUCUGUUUUUUUGUUGUGUGCUGUUUCAUGUGUUUUCAAGGCAUGCCGUACAUUGUGUAUUUUCUCAGACUGUACAUGCUGUUUUAUGCUCUUCCCUCACAAAUUAACACCAAACACUAAACAACUAGGUAAGAGAAAAAAGGCAUUUGUUUCUGCUUUUAAAGUUUGACUUUAAUCACACCCGCCCAAACAGACUAUCAUAGAAAAACUGAGUAAUGCUGUGCUAAUGAGCAGCUCUGGGCUCUUUUUAUUUGCCCGGCUGUCACCGUGUCUCAGCAGAGCUGCAUCAAUGUCAUGGUGUAAGUCACUAUAAAUGAAGCCAGUUAUCUCAUCAGCUCUGUUUGUGUGUUUACUGGCCUGUAAUUUAUCAUGCGGCAGUGAAAGCAUCAACGCUGUUUCCAGCGGGAAGAGUCGCCCUGGUCUGAAAAAAGCAGUGACAUGAACUCUACAUCAGCACAACUGCACAACACCCAAGGGCGGGAAACUGCAGAGUCAGUGAAACUGAAAUAUCCAAGACAGACUGUUUGCAGUGAGAGGAGAACUGAAGGCAAACUGAAUGCAGAGGCUCUAUUGCUGUGAUGUGAUUUAGAAAGUAUGUUACUAUAACUGCACAGCUUCACGUUAUUAAUGUCCCAGUUUCAAAUGUUUCUUUGCACGUUAUUGUACCUGAGGACUGAAUUGGUCCACAGAAAACAUUGUCAUGCCGUUAUCACUGAGAGAAUUUUCAGCUUUUCAGCUGUUUUAAAACUGAAACUGUGAAUAUCACAGUCUCAGCAGGUGACUGUCUAUCAUAAGUCUGUUUCUGCUGAAGUUUCUGCCUGAUAAUAGGAUGUUUUCCCUUACCACUGUGACUUUCUGAAUGCUGCAAACUGCAAAGUGUGAUGCUCAUGGUAGAUAAAGAUUGGACAAAGGUGGGUCUGAUCUUACAUGGUUCCUCAUGAACAGGCACACACACAGAUAGAGCUGAUUCAGGAAGGAAUAUAAUUUAGGGAAAGUAGUUGUAGAGAAAAGCUGAAAAUACUGUAGUUUGCAAGUGAUUAUUGAAAUGUGCCCACUGGGUGUUAUCCAUCCAUUUCGUGGACUCUCUUUGUUGCCUCAAGUUUGGUGUUUUUAUCUUUUUGGUGUGUCAGCUGGAAAAACUUUUGCGUUAUCUUGUUCAAAGUAAUCUGAAAUUACUUUGAAUGCUACAGCCUGUAUUUCCUGAGAGGGGGGGACAGCAAAGACAUCUCUCUCUCACAUGAUUAUGUAUUCAUGGGAGACUUUAAUGGGUUACAUGCUGUUGGGUCAAUUGACUCCUAGCAGGCACUCUGUAGGUCCCUUUUGUCACCAAGUAUAUUAGUAGCCAAGCUCCUGAUUAUGAACAACUACAAGCUUUAGUAUUGUUGAACUAGAAUGGGUGAUUCUGAAGAUAAUAUUCAUUUGUCAAAAAUUUCCAAAUCUUUCUAAAAUUCACUUCAGAGUUUCAUCUUUUAGUAUUUCGCUCUUAUCUUACUUUUGGUGCUAGAGUAUGCAGCACAUCUCUCUCGGCCUCUUUUUUCAGCCUUGGAGUUUCCUGCUCGGUUUUGAUUCCAUUCCUGGUUCCUGGUGUGUUUGAAUAAUGUGAGUUUGAGUGUGUGAGGUCCUCAAACUGAUGGGUUGAUACCAGAUGUUGCUCAGUGGGCUGUGUGGUUUGCGGAAAAGUUGAGAAUCAGUUCUUGGUUGGUUUGUCCUUAACCCAGUUUUGAGUUUGAGUCAUUAGACUGUUCUGAAGCUUUUGGUUGCUUUUCAGUUUGUUUGAGGGGAACCAAAGAGGGGGUAUGAGGACAGAAAGACAGAAUGUAUUUGGUUUAAUUCAUCAUGUCAGAGCUGUUGUGAGUCAAACGGAAAACAUUAGGGAGAGGAAACUAUGUUUUUUUUUUUUUUUUUUCAGUUCGGGUAUUCAUUGGAAGAAUGUGUCUGACCACAAACAGAGAUGGAAACUACAGACAAAGUGGCUGAGUUGCAAAAUGCCGCUCAUACAGCGCUCUCUCCUUAAGAUUUAACCCUUAAUGUGAAAGUUACUCUCCCUCAUGAUGUUGUAUUUGGUAGAUUUUACUCUGUCCUCAGUCAAAGAUAAAAAUUUUUACUAUAUUAUUUUAAAAGAUAUGAUAUAUUAAGUAACUGUCGGGUGAAAAAAGAAAAAGAAAACAUGAGAGUAAAGUCACCAAAAGGACAAACAAGAAAAUUACAAGAUGUAAAGUAGUAAUUAUGACAAGUAAAAGAGUCAUAUGAGAAAGACAAUGAUCAUGUCAGAAAAUAAUCAACUGUCUCAGUUAUAAAGUCAUACUUUUGAGGUAUUAAGUCAAGAAAAUGAGAUAAAAAAAAUCUACAUGAGAUAAAAAAGUUGAAGUUAUGUCAACCAGUGUAAGCUAAUAAGCAGUCGGUGCAAAGAUUUUAGGAUAGUAACGUGUGCUUGACUAAAAUACAAUGAAAAAAGCGACUCAAUUGGCCCGGUGUCACCAGGAGACACAUCCACGUAGAGUCAUCAGCAUAACUGUGCAAAGAGAUGCUGUGUCUCCUGAUGACAACGCCCUGGAGUAGCAUUUACAAAUUAAAAAGUAACAGUCCUAAAACUGAUCUUUGCUGUACCCCAUAUGUCACUAUGUAAAGUCAGGAGGAGUUGUCAUUUUUGGAUUAGAAAAACUUUCUCUCAAUAGGACAAGAGAUAUUUUAACACAUUUGCUCUAAUGUAAUUGACUACUUUUAACAGGGCUGUUUCUGCGCUGAGGUUUGCCUUUAAACCUGAUGGGAAGAUUUUAACUCAGUAUUUGAGUUUGAAAAUGUAUUUAACUGACUAAAAACUAGUUUCUCUAAAAUCUGUCUUAGAUUGAAUUUUUGUUUGGCAGACUCCAGUGAUCCGUACACUUGAUCACCUGGACAGGAAAGUGUCAGAAAUAGAUGAGCCUUGUGGUAUGAAUAUAAAUCAGUCAUUGCCACUGUGGCCUCUCAGCUGCAUGUGCCAGAGGUCUGAACAGAAAAGUGAACUUUAAAGAGGAUGUUGUUUUUGUCCAUUUGUGUGUAUAAAGAUUUAUUUGGGGAUCUACGCAGGGCUUUAUGCAUCUGGUCCCAUUUGUUACAUGAUGCAGCUCACAGUCAUUGCAGACAGCUGUUGCUCAUCAGUCUGGUUUAAACACAGUGUCUCAUUGUGCGAUGAUGAGUGCUCAGAAACAUAUUUCUCAAGUGCUGGAAUGUUACUGUAAAUCUGAGUCCACAAACUGUGUGUAAGCAGUUUACCUCAGUCCUGCAGUUGAUCAGAAAUCAAAUCCUCAAACUGGCCCGUCCAUGUUUGCAACACAGCGUUCACGUUAAUGGCUUUCACAUGUGUCUGAGGUUCUGUUGACAGGUUUUGGAUGCAGUAAAAAAUCUCCAUGUCUGUGUGUGUGCAGGUUGUUUCUCUGAGGUAAAUAACCUCACAGGCCUCAUGGUGGACUUGCGUGUCUUGAUGACAACAUGUGCGUGUUCUUGUUAAUUAGCUCAGAUUUAUGUUGAACACAUCUGCAGGUUAUUAGUGGGAUUCCCCUGCAUUGAACCCGACUGCAGGGUUUGUAUUAUUGUUUUUUCAGAUUUCCUCCUCCCUUCCUCCAGGGCUGAAGUCCUUCACACAGAGGAGGAUGGUCUCCUACUAGCCAUGUCCAAGUGAAAACUACCUCACUCGUCAGCUUGCUUAAUCAUGUUGGACAAUGUUACUUUUUAGAUCAGUGAAGUCAUUUAUCUUCAUGCUCAGUGCAGGUUUUUAGUAAUGGCUGAAAUUUUACUGUCACAUUGGGGUUUGAGGAGUAAUUAUGAGUGCAGUUCUGUAGUGUCCAAGAUAACAGAGUUUCUGCUGUUAGAGGGUGGCAGGCUGAGAUGUUCAGAGCCUUCAGUGGCUAAAUAAACACAUGAAAAACAACACAUUUCGAAAAUAGUGCUGGAUGCAGUGGAUGCCCUCUACUGCUGCUGAUGCUCUCCCCCCAGUGUGAACAGCUCUGCAAAAAGCUCAUGGACGUAGGUACUGUGCAAGCUAAACAGUGGCUUAUGUUGGCCUGCUUUUAAUCCAGGGUCACUCUAUCUUCUCUCUGCUGUGAGCACAUUCACUAACCUGAAACAAAUGUCUGCAGAACACUGAAAUGCUGCAGUUCAGUGCAGAUGGUGGAUGACUUAGUGAGUUCUUGCCUUAAAAAAGUGACAGUAGGUUAACCUCAGUGAGUUAGGAUGCAACACAGAUGGUAGUUUUUCCCCUACAUUAGUAAGACUGUGUUUCUUCCUGGAGGGGGGAUCUUUCUAAGAAGUGCUUUGAAUCAGUCAUACCUGCCUGAUCCUGAUAUCUAAAAAUAAGGAAGCAGAAGGAACAAGAUGAAGCAUUGGGACCAUUAAAUGCCAAGCCUUCUCAGUAAACAAGCUCCUUAAAAAUAACGGUCUAAUGCUGCAUUCCAGUUUCCUUGGAAGUCGGAUGUCGGAGCUGGGAAUGAUGUCACACCCGAGUUGACGGCGUUCCAGUAAACAAGUUGGAAAACCAAGAUGGAUGCCUACUAUUAGCUGUUGUUAGCUGUUGUUAACAAUUGUCAGCUGUCAUUAGCCGUUGUCAGUUGUUGUUAAUUGUUGUUAAUUGUUGUUAGCUAUACCAGUUGUAAACAACGCAUAACACAUUAUUUUAGCACUGUGUUCACAGUUAGACGUUGGGCAGUACAACAUAUACCACCUAUUUAAUUUCACAAAAACAAAAGAGAAGUGCUAAUAAAUAAUACAUUAUGAGAGCUUUUGCUGUUAGUCCUUACUGCUGAUGCACUGAGCUGCCAUCUUGGAUCAAGUCAGGGGUGGUGAGGAUCGUCCGACUUUAUGAGUUUGAAGUCCAACUUCAGGGGGGCAUUCUAGAUGAAUUUCCGACUUCUGAGUACAACUGGAAUGAAGCAUAAUUCCUCCCUCUGUCAUUUGAAUAUUUCAAGAUUUUUGUAUCCAGCUCAUCAAGUAUAAGCUCUUUAACUCUCAGCUUCUCCUUGCAAAGAUCUCCCUUCAAACAGAGUAAUCGUCAAAACCUGGCUGAGUUUUCUUCCAGCGUUUUGUUGAUAGCUCUCUCUGUGACUCCAGCUUCAAACCUUUUCCAGUUUAGUUAGCAGAUAUGUUACGUUAAUGAUUUUUAUUUGAAAUAUUGAUUGCAGUAUAGAAAUUAUGAUAUUUAUAAAUGCCCCCCAAAGUUUCCAGAUACUUGGAUGUAUUGAUUGGGUCCAAACUGGAGCUUUAGUUUAGUUUAAUUUUUAAGGACUAGGAAACUACCUCUGUCAGAGCAUCCAUAGCCCCUGCCCCUAAUUAGUGGUUGGACAUUGUGCGGGCACGUCUGUGUGUCUGUGGUCGAGGCUGUCAUAUUUUUAAUGUAAAAUAAUGUGAGAAAUCUUGAGUAUAAGAGUAUUGGAAAAUUUUACUUCAUUUAUUUGCAUGAUCCUACAGAGGAGUGGAGUUCCAAUGCUGCAGCCUGUUGUUUUUGUAUACUGGAAGUGUUAUCUUACCAAAUUCAAGGCUGUUACAUUUUCCGUUAAGAUAUUGUCUCCCCGCCCCCUCCCACCACUCAAAUAUUCAGUUGCAUUACAUAACACAUCUGGCAACCAGCCCUGAACUGAGCGGCUGUGUGAUGAAGCCACAUGUGGAAAUGCUCUCUCUGCUGUCUUGAAUUUUCACCCAGCCCCAUCCAAAUAUUUACCCUCCGCUUCAUCUCUUCCCCCUGCACAGAUUUCACCGCAGAGAACAAUACAGGCUGGAUCCGAACAAAGAAACAGUUAGGAAGUGUUCACUGAACCCAGCGUUGGUUUGUGUUGUGCAGACAGAGUGAUGUGGAUGAUAAAAGAAGCAAAGCGGCCUUGUCUCUCUGCUGCAGUGUUGUUUUUUACUGUGAGUGAGGACCCUUCUCAGAGGUAAUCCUCCUGAGCAGCGUGUCUGCCCUGUGGUCAAAACAGAGUCAGUGAAUGUCCUCAAAUCUCUAUCUUUGUAUUGAUUUAACGCAGAAACUCCCGUGGUUCAUUUUUAGACAUGUAGAGAUAAAGAAGAGGCCAGAGCUCGUGUCAUGUUACUACUCUUUUUAUGUAGCUGCAGAUAAAGGCUCUUGAUCUCUAUCUGCUGUGAAGGAGGAGAGUUUCUAAACCAAAGAGUCAGAAGGAGGCAUCCGAUUUCAGGUUUGCUGAAAGCUUCAGACAAAGAAAACUGGAAUGUGCCGCAUUAACCGAACUGUAGCUUUUGCUAUUAUUUUACUGUGACAUCUUUAUGUCUAACCAUUAUAUUGACCACACCUGGACGUCUGCUGUUCCUCCAGGCUUCACCUCUGACUGCUGGUCCGCAGAGGUUUCUGCAGUUUGCUGUAAAUGAGGCUCAUCGGGCUCCUGAAGCCGCAAUCAAUAGCUUUUAAGUGGCUUUGCAGUUGUUCUCUCCCUGGUGAGAAAUGGAUAUUGGGAUCAAUAAGUUCUCGGUUUCUGCACAAUAACAAUAAUCAGAUGAGUUAGUAGAGAAAUAAGACAUUGAUGUCUGCAGAGCUCCUCGUCUUCUGUGUCCGCGGCUGAACCUUUCCUGUAUAUCAAUCUGAAGAGAGUUAAUGAUGAGCAGACUAAUCAGAACAUAUUGAUCAGGAGCUGUCGUCAGUGCUCGGCCAUCACGGCGCUCUUCGUAUCUUAGACUUCGACAGAAGCUUGCAUUCAUAAACUACAAUGAGCUGGAGAGAGAGAGAGGAGAAAGUGGCUAAAAGAUUUAUUAUUGAAGACCACUCAUGAGGUGAUUAUUGAUCCAAGUCUUUUGAUCUUGAAGCUCAGAUCAAGAGGGAACUGAGGUGAACUGAUUUGAUAUGUAGUGGUAGUCUUAUUUUCUCUGUUAUGUUUGACUUUGAAUGUAUUUAAGCAGCUGCAAAUGGGGCUGAUGGUGUAUCAGAGGAUCGAUUUAUAGCUUAUUUAUACAAAAAAAGACUCGUUUUAGCCACAGUGUUAAGAAACAACAUAUAUGUAACAAUAGUUUCUAACCAGGGGAAAAUCUGGGAUCCCCUUUUCAGAGCUGGAAACUUUGCUUUGAGAGGAAAGGUCUGGAAUGGCUUCCUCAGCAUGCUGCUACCGUGACCCCAACCUCUGAUGUGUGAGGAGGAACUAACGGGUGGCUGGACUUCAGACACUUGUUCAAGAGUUCAUCAAACUCGGACUCUGUCUGAGGGUUUGGUUUUUAAAGAAAGUAUAGCUGUAGCCAUGACACAUACACACACACACAGCCUCCUGGAGAGUCUCAGUGUGUAGUUCAAAUAAAAGCAUUUUGUUUGAGGUAACAAAAUCUCUGGAAACUUUCCCUCAGUCCGGGUCGAAGUAGCUGAGACUCUCCCCAGCCCCCCUUUCCUUUCCCCCGCUGAUUGAAGCUCCACGCUGGCAGCUUUUCAAACUCACUGGGCUGUUUCACUGAACCCCCUGGGACCGGGGGACUUAGUCACAGAGAGCUGCAGCUAUAAUACUGAGUCUGAACCACUGCAGGGUUUACUUUGGUUCUGCUGUUCUGGACUGACCUGCUGCUUGUUCCAGCGGGCACCUUGGCUGACCCGGCUGUGCUGCUCCCUCCCAUAGCAGAGCUCAGCUCGACUCUGCAGGUUUUCUGAGUUUCUAAACACACAAAGUUGUCCUGUAACUUCAGGGAAUUCUUUCUCUGUUAUGGUCCGUGGAGGCAGAUGACGGGUUGAAAUAUGUGUGACCUGAAAAACUGCUCUAAGUUGUCUUUUAAAUAUCAAAAUGGAAACAAACCCUGAGAAGUUCCUGAAUAGAUACUAAGAAAACAAAGAAUGAAGACUCUGGAAUUGGGUUUGAAUCUAUUUAUCCUAAACCAAGAACAUAUCACGCCUUUCAAUCUGUCAGUUGUUAAUGUCUCUGAUUUGUUGAUUAGCUGUGCACACCUUUGCUGCAACAUGUCUUGGCAUACUUAUAAAAAUUGCUCUUUCUUUGUCAGUGACAGACUUGGACUGUGAUUUAGAUUCUUUUACUUUUCUGAAGAAUGCAUCGGGGAAUAGUUUUGCUACUGCGCACCAGACCCUGUUGAUAAAAUCAGUCAUUUUACUCUGCAGGUCAGAGGAGUUGCUGAUCUACUGCUGAACGGAGCAGCAAGUUUGUUUCUGUUCUUGCAUGAGCGUGGUGUUUUUAAACAGCUGUAACAAUAAACUAUAACUCAAAUAAACUUACUUUAUGAGGCAUUAGAAGACGAGUUGCUACGAUGAUCCAUGGAGUUAAAUUCCUGUUUUUAACAAUGGAGUCUGCUCUCAUUGAAAAGAGCAACACAACAGCUGUUUCUAGUUAACGGAGAGGAUCUUACUCAAUGAAACAAACGUUCAUUUCUCUAGUUAUCCUCUCUGUCAUGUUUUCAGACUCUCUUAACAGCAUUUUGAGCCUGUUGGAGGCAAAUCAAGCACAUUCAAUGGACAUGAUUUUACGUUCUCCCUGAAAUGUUGUUUCUGCUGUUACAGAUGGUUUGGCAGCUGCAAACUAAAGCUUUCUACUGGAGCGAUCCCAAAAUAUUUUUGUACCCAUCAUUCAUUUUAACAUAGGGCCCAAGAAUAAUGAUGCCAGAAUUAGCCUCCAGCUCUGCUAAGGAUCUUUUCUGGCAGCCAGCUGAUUGGGGACCAAGCCUUGUAUUGGCGGGCAACAGUCCCACUGAUCUUUUAGCUCAAUUUCAACUUGUUUUAUCAGACUCAGGGGUCAUAAAUCUUCCACAUUAUGAAUACUCCUCCUUUCAAUAGCAUUUUAACAGAUCCUCUAGUGGUAAUGGGCCUUGGGGUCAGAGUCUGCUGGACACGAGCAGUCUGGCUUCAUGUUACCGCAGUGAUCCCAUCAUCACGCAGACGUGCAGUCUCUGUCUGUCUCCUCUCUGAAGGACAGAUUGAUCUGUAGCGUGCAAAGCAGAAAGUCCAGCCUCUUUUUCGAAUUUACUAAUCAUACACUGCUUGAAUUUAUUCCAGGAGUGUGUUACCAAGCUUACAGCCACCAUUCAGCUCUGCUUCUCCUCUUUCUAUUCGAGCAGGAGGUUUGGCUCGGAGCAGUCUGGACAGCAGUCUCUGUUCGCUGAGAAAAACUUCAAAAUGGCACCCUGGAGGAAAUCAGAAACAUGCGCUUGCCUCUUUGUCUUUGGUAUUGAAAAUAAUUUGGGAUUUUAGUUCAGUGUCUGGCCCCUCUUCUGAUUUCAGGCUAACAUGCAAGCAUGCAUAAAGGCUCGCGGGGGAUUAAAGAAUGAGAGUUGUGUUUUGGAGAAGUUUUAAUCAGUGAAGCAUAGACGACGAGGAGGAGGCAGAGGACUUUGACCCACUACUGGAGAUCCAAAGUUAUGAUUUCCAGAGAUCAUCUGCUUAUACUAAAUCAAACUGACAAGUUCUGUCUGUUGGUUAAAUUAAGGAAACCUGUAACCAGUGGAAAUAAAGCAAGGAAAGCUACUUUUGGGAUUAAAAUCUUCAUUACCUACUCUGCAUUUUAAGGUGAUCCUUUGCUGUUCUGCUCAGAUCGUCUUCUUGUCUGUGGUUGUUUUUGAUGUGAGGGAUUUUUUUGGAUGCAGUUGUGGUUUGUGGUAAAUAAAAGAGGAAGUCAAAGCAGCAGCAGGGGCAGCAAACAAGCUGUGAGAAACCACUUAAGUCACAAAUCACACAGCAUGCAAAACUAAACCUCUUUUAACUGAAUAUCUAUAAUUUUUUUAUUUUUAAUGUGUGCCUCUGGUGUAAUACUUAAUUCAUUUUAAUGACGAGUCUGUCUAGACAGAUCACCUAACCCUGAGCAAAAGCUCCAAUGGGGUUGUUUAUUCAGCUUAACAGAAAGCUUUAAGAAUACAGCUUGUUAGUCACCUGUCUUUUUCUCAAUCAGAUAAUUUCUCAUUUUAGGUUCGAGGCUGUUAUUUUCAGUUUUAUGGAGUCCAGUUUCAGCUUUUCUUUCUGCCAUUGUGCCAUAGGGAUGAAAGAGUAUGAAGAAUGGCCCCAUUGGUAACAGGAAGGGGAAAUAUGUUGGUCCUGACAGAAAUACAUAUUGUAGAGGAGAUAAAAUAUUCUGCACAAAGGUUGAUGUUAAUUUUAUUGCUGAUAACUAAUUUUGGAUGAAGUACACCACACAGAAUCGUGAAACAUGGGACGUGAUGUAAUACUGUCCGUUGUGCCAAUGGAGUGCCGGGAGAUUUGCCUUGAUGUUGAGAGAGGCAUGGGAGAUGUAUCUCAGGCAUGAGAAGGAUGCAGAUUUUGGGACACAUCAUUAGUAGUGCACCAGUGAAUCUUGGAGUGUUUCUGCCUUUAAACACUAGACACCCUCAUCAAAGGUGGCCAGCUACAGAGAGAUCAACCCUGAGCUUGUGUCCUAUGCUCAAUCAUGAGAGUUGCCUUAAUGGACAGAAAGUAAUCUAACACAAACACUGUAGAUGAUGAAUUUUGCAGUAUAUAAUACAUGAAACAAUGUGUAUAAAGUAUAUCACACUAUAGAUAGUGAAUUUUACCAUGCACAGUGGAUAAUGUAUAUUGCACUGUGUAUAAAGUAUAAUGAACUAUAGAUAAUAUACAGUGUGGAUAUACAGUGAAUAAUGAAGCAUUGUGUGAGGUUUAUUGUACUCCAGGUAAAGUAAUGUGUAUUGCACUGUGGAUUAAGUACAUCGCUCCAAAGAUGAUGUAUUUUGCAUGAUAAAGGCAUAAAAUACAGAAUACUUCACCACAGAUAAUGCACAACAAACAGUGAAUAAUUACACAGCGAAUGUUAUGUAUUCUCCUUUGGAAAGUGUAGUUCACACAGUAAAAUUGUAUACUACACAGUCAGUACUCAGAUCAAGUAUUUCUCACAGUAGGGAAGAUAUACCGCAUAACAGAUAUUGAGUAUUUCACAGAUACUUGUGUGAAUUUCGCUGGUAAAAUUGAACAUUGCACCAUAGUGAGUAUUUACAUUCAUGUAUUUAUUUAUUUUGCUGUAAAGUAUCAUACAGCAGAAAUAUUAUACUUUUCAAGUUAAGUAUUAAUUAUGAAACGCAUAAGCCACCAUUUUAAGGCCACAAGCUUCUCUAACAGUGAGCCACUGACAUGUUACCUCCUGUUUCAGAAACAUGGUGUGCACAGUACAUAACAUAUAAAACACAUUGAAUAAUAAAUACUAUAUCACAGUAGAUAAUGAAUAAUGCAGGACAGAUAAAGCUUUUUACUCACACAGUAAAUAAUGUGUCUUGCAACAGAAAAUACAUAUAGCAUUAAUCCAGUUUUAUUGCAUCAUGUUUAAUAUUCAAAGAAGCUCAUUCCUGUAUGCUCUGUUUUGACCGAAACAUGAACCAACUUAUAACAGUUCACUACACUUGCUUCAGUUUCCGGGACAACCGAUUUCUUGAGAAGGGUGGGGAAGUUUGUGCAACAGGUUUUGAGGUUUGUUUCUCUUCUUUGGAAGUUGUUUGGCAAUUGUCCACGUCUACAGCAAUUUGCAUAUAAACUCUUCUGUAAAAGUUAAACACUCUAAAUUUAGUUUGAAGGGAGUGUUUUGCUGUGCUUUGUUAUUACUGUGGGAUGCGGUUGUUUGAAAGACAUGCUAAUACUGAUCAGGGAUUUGGAUUUGGUUAUGAAAACAUUGAAGAAACCAUGAGCCGUCAGUGUCUCACUGCUGCCCUCUGCUGCUCAGGAGUACCUCCUCAGUACACUGCAGCUGUCUGCUCCUGUUUCUUGUCUUUAUCUGACUGAUUCCUCUGUUAUUCAGCUUCCCCUCGUCAUCACAGUGUUACUCACAGCCUUAGCAGUCUUCUUUAUCUCUGUCUGAAAGGAUGACCUCAUGCUCCAGGCUUGUUUUCAUUCAACAUGAGGGGGAUGAAUUCCUGAGUAGAUACUGUUGGUUUUUCUGGAAAUGAGACACAUGUUUGUGAUAAUCCUGAAGGAGCCAGGAGCAGUGUGUGGACUGUGUGGCUGAGGCCAGCAGGAGAAAGAGAGCGAGCGAGGGUGAGAGACAGAGAGAGAGAGAGAGAGAAAGAGAGAUGGAUAGAGGAGAGACUGAAAGAGGGAAAGAGAGAGAGAGAGAUUCGUGCUCAUUAGGCACUCUGAUUUGUCCUCCAGGAUAUUGACCUUCUGUCCUCCUCCCUCUCCCAUAUGACCUUUGUUUUGACACCAUAUCAACUGUCUGCCUAUCAGCCCCCUGUCCUCCCCCACCCUCUUCCUUUUUCCCAUUCUUUCCGCUGCUCUUUUCACCUCUGAGUCAGAUCCCCCCUUCAAAGAUAACUAUUACCAGGAGCAGAGCAGAGUCUCAGGCUUGUGAUUAGUGGCUUUUCUACUGUGGGAUAAAAAGAUCUUUUGUGAAAAGUUUUUGAAUAGCUGUCAUCAAAGUGAUAAUAAUAAUGUAUUUCUUUAGUGUUAUAAAUGAUUGAAAAGCCCAUUGAGUGGUGGGAAUUCACUUGAUAGCAGACAGUUAUUCUUCAGUUUGUAGCCUGAGUGGAAUAUUCAGAUAUAUCCACUAAACUCAACUCAAUUGUACCAUCAGCCCGCCCCUUCAGGAGGGCUGCACUCCCCUGACUUUUACAGGCUGCAUCCAGCUCUGCCUCUUCAUAUUUUUUAGGGGGCUUGAGGAAGAAAAUCCUCAUGAAGUCAGGAAAUUUUUCUGACACACCUUGAUGAUGCCAAGAAAUUUGCAGACAGUCUGUUGGUUUACAUUUAUGGCAGCUCAGCUCACAGCCUUGGAGCCCCACAAACAACCAUCUAACGAACACCAAGUAAAAUGUGAAGUCUUAGUCAGUGUUAAUACCAGUCAAGAUUACAGGUCGUUAAAAAGCUUCAUCAGCCAUGAUCACGUGGCCACAAUCCUGAUUCAGUAACAUAAGCAGCAGCUCAGCUCGCAACCCUCUCCUGAGGUUCUCUUCUGGAGCUGAAUUGGCUAAAUUUUUUAUGAUUAAUUGAAUGUUUUGGUUAUUUUUAAGCUGAGAUUUUAAACACUGCUGAUUGUGGCUCAUUACUUGAGAGGAUUUACUGCUUUUCUUUGUCAAUUUGAUGGUUAACAUUGUUUGGUUUGGGUUAGAUCAAUUGUCUGCUUGCGUUAGGUUUCAUCAAAAUUAUUGGCAAACUGGCAGCUAUUAAAAUGUACUAUAAUUGAUAAUAAAACUGAUCAAGAUAGAGGUAAACUUUUGAAAUAACCAGGUUCAAAUUAAAGAGUGAUAAUCAAGCUUUUGCAACUUAAUUGUAAUCUAUUUAAUGCUUUGUCCAGAUAUUUCCAUGUCAGAGUGGUCUGAUGAUCCAGUGAAUCUUCACUUUGGUUUCCAGAUGAUGAUUUUUUUUUAAAGAUUAAUGACCAUUAACCUGGUCCUUUGUUUUUCCAGGUGUUUAAAGGUGAAUUUCAGCUACCAGAUUUCCUAAAAGAACAAUCACAGGUACAGUAACAUUUCUGCCUGUUGCUGAGCUUUGUCUUCUUUUUUUUUUUUUUUUUUUUCUAAAAUCAGCUUUUUUGAUUUAAGCCAUCUGCAGCUCAGUGAAAAAUCUCGCCUCAGUCCUCAUCUCAUGUUUUUAAACUUGAGUUUCUCGCCAUGUAACACAACCUUUUUUUUUUCUGGUCUCAGCUUCAUGUUUUUGGUCUCUAGUUUGUUUGUUGGUCUCUUUGUGUCAUCCUAUUGUGUCUCGGUCCAAGAGCCUGAUGUUGGCUGAGGAGCACGUCUGCCCCCUUCUGGUAGUUAGACCAAUCUACAUGUUGCUUUCUCCAUGUUUUUGAAAUGCACCUUUUGCUUUUGAUUUCCUCAUUUAACCUUUUUUUUCAGCAUAAUCAGACUCUUUUUUUGGUUUGGUUUGGGAAAUUAAACUCUGAAUGUUACAGUCAGUGUGUCAGCUGACUGUGGACAUCACCUUGGUGUUGCCUUAAUGCAGUUUAUUGCACUUUGCAGCUCUUUAAUAUGCUGUCAGUCAGCCUUUAACAUGUGCUUGUUGUCUUGCAGAUUCAGAAGUCUGCAGAGGGACCAAACCCCAGUUAG